AUGAAGCACACGGAGGCAAAGCAGUACCCAUCCCUCUAUCUAGAGGUUGGCACCCAAAAUGAGGACCCUUGUCUUCCCCUGCACACCUCCAUCGCCCUGUUUCUUCUGUCCUAUUGUGAAUGCAAGUCUUUCAAAGUGUUUCUGGUCUUUACCAAACCUGCCUCCUCGCUGUCACUGAAGAACCAACUACCAGACACUUUGGAUGUUUCUGACAUCCAGGAGAAGGAUCUUCCCCACCUGGUGAGGGGAUGUCGUCUCCCCGCUGUGUUGGAUGAAACCGGGAGGCUGUGCAGGGCAGGACUUGCAGUGGUCCUCAGACAUAUUAUCAACAAGACUCUAGAGGCUGAGCCCUCCAGGAAUGAUGUGCUGGCAUUACUGGGGUUUAAGAAGACCUGCUUGAAGGCCUGUGCUGAGGUUAGUGGAAAACAGAGGAACACAUGAAAGCAGUAAAAUACAAAGUAAAAAAGCACCCCAGAGGUAUUUGCACAAUUAGAUAUAUUUUUUAAUAUUUCAAAACACAUUUAAUCAAAGGGUUUCUAGAUUUGCUGAACCGUAACUUAUGGUAAUUUUGAAUUGAUUAAGGUGUUUGGGAAAAUUUAAAGGGAUAUUCUGACGUAAAAUUAAUUUAGGGCCAAACACACCGUAACAACCAACCAAAUCAACCAAAACACCACUCUAUAGCCACAAAUAAUGCUCAGAACAGCACCUAACUUCAUCAACAGUACAUAUAGGGUCCUAGUCACAGUACUAGCCACCAAACAUCUUUUUAACUUUGCCUAACUUUUUUAGAUAAGAGACUCACCCUCUCUCUUCCAGCAGCCGCUUGUUUGUAGCGAGACCUCUGGGCGAGUCCAUCAACUGCUACAGGGUGACACAGCUCAAGGAAGAACAUUUAUGGUCAUUAUCUCAUGGAAAUGCAAUCAGACCGAGAUGCUAAGGCAGAAGAACUUCCGCGUCUGCAGUGCAAAAUGAUUAAUAUGGUGAUUAUUACUGCAAGAAUAUAAUAAAGAAAUGAUCACAAAUGUUCUUCCUUGAGCUGCGUCACCCCGCAGCAGUCAAUGGACUUGCCCGGAGGUCUCCGUACAAACAAGCGGCUGCUGGAAGAGAGUAGGUGAGUUGUGCAUAGUCUUUAGUCUCUAGGACCCUCUAUGUACUUUUGAUGAAGUUAGGUGCUGUUUUGAGCAUUAUUUGUGGCUAUAAAGUGGCUUUUUGGUUGAACACAUGGCUUUGUGUAUUGCUAUCGUGUGGUCAUUACUAAAGUUGGUAUAACUAGAAAAGCAAGCCGUCUGCAACAUUCAUCUCUCGAUUAGUCUAACUCAGUUUUAUGGUGUGUUCGACCCUAAUGUAAUUUUACGCCGGAAUAUCCCUUUACACAAUUUGUUUCCAGGCAUUGUUGUUCUUCAUUCUUUGGUGCUCUGUUACAUUUUAUUGUCUAAACUUUCAUCUUUAAUGACUGUAAGGUCAGCAAGUGGACCCGCCUGUGUGAAAUCGGCAUCCCCAUGGCUGUUGAAGAACACCUCAAAAAUCCAUCAAAUCAACAACAGCAGCUACCUCUCUCAAUCCUCACCCUGGAGCGAAGGCUUGCUGAGCCAGUCAAAGUCCACAAUGAUGACAAAAUACGCAGACAGAAACUUCAGGAGCAGAGACGGAAUGAAAAGAAAGGGUCCCCUGGAGGCCCAGAAAACCCAGACUCUGGGUCUGAGCCUGGACAGUCAUUACAGGUAAAGGAUGGACUCGAGCUCAGAGCAGCUUUGGCUAAGCUGUCUGUGGAGUCAGUUCCCGCUUCCACCACCAGAGAGAACUCUGAGAUCAGGAAAGUGAGGACAACAGAUCUGCCUCCACUUGAGCAUGUGUUUGCUGAAGGACUCUACUUCACUUUGACUGAUGUGGUGCUGCUGCCAUGCAUCUAUCACUACCUGGUAAGGCCUUGGUGCUAAUAAGUUAUGUUAAAGCGUUGUCAGUUAUAAACUCUUGUGUCAAAGGACCUUGCUCUUUUUGCUUCCUUAAUCUGUCACCUUAUUUGUGUAUAUGAAUACAUGUCCAGUGCUCAUUAAGUCUAAUAUCUGCACCUAUAUUUUCUGUAAGCAUUUAAUGCUUUCAAUACAUUGACAACCUGUGACCUUCUCUAAAUUUACUGUAAGCAAAAUAUCCAUUGUGGUGCUGUAAGCAGUCAAGUGUAUCCAUAAGAGGCUUUGCCUUUCAACAUAAACAGAAACAUAUGAUUUAAGCUUGACGUAAUCUCAUGUAGAAGGUUUUUCAGGCUCUAACGUCUCCUCAUGUAUUUUUUUUAAUGUCAUAAUUGUGAUAACUUUUCAUAUUAUGUAUGACGCAUGGUUUUGACACCCCUGGUCAGAGUGAGCAGGAAGUACACUCUGCUCCUUUUGACAUCCACCCAGGCAGAAACUUGAGCUAAGAGGACUGGCUGCAGCAGACUUGGCACAGGUUUUCUCAAAGGUGGUCUAGAGGCACCUGGCAAAGAGUGAUAACAGUGUAUGUGGAGGUUUCUAUUCAAAUUCAGCAGGUUCAAAUGCAUUUCAAUGACUUUUGGGGGGAACAGUUUUCUCCUUGCAACAGAUUAAGAGUGGGUAAGUUCUUAUGUUGGCCUCAAAACUUAAGAAAACUGGAAGACUUCAAAAGCUUAUUCUUAUGAAUAUUCAUGACAUAUAAUGAUUGCAUAAUUUAGAGGUAAAGUUUGUGGCAGCAGUUUGAUUUACUGCAGAGGAGACCAUAAGGUGACAUCCCUGUUAAGUUUAAUGGUACAUUGUUAUUGAUCAGGAAUGCUGUACAGUCAGGCAGUGAAAAAGUCCCAACCUCCAUUUCACCCUCCAGCCGUCACCAACUGUUCCUCGACUGUGGGAAUGAACUUUAGCUCUUACAAUGAGGCUUUUAGUAGUCAGCUGUGCUCCACUGGUUUCCAGUUUCACACUCAGCCUAGCGUGUCUCCUCUUAACGGCCAUCACUGUCCGCAACACAUGCUGCCACGGCCAAUCCUUUCCACUGCACCCACUUGUCGUACUGCAGAGUGCCCUCUUCUCCCUCUGUGUCGGAGUCCCCGUGCUCUAUUUUUUUUUUGUCUUCCACACAUAGUCGCACACAGUGGCACAGCUUCUCUGGUCAUGUCUUUGUCUGUGUCUUUAACCUGCCACCACCUGCCAAUGCUGCCCUGAUGUUUUUCUUGUUGAGCCUUCCUCCCUCUUUUUUGUCUGUCUGUCCUGCAGUGUAACGAAUGAAAGCUGCUGAAACCUGACAUCUCGCUCCAUUGGAGAUGACAGGCCAGAUGAGUCCCUUAAUCAAUAGCUCAUGUUUUUUUAAAAUGUUGUCUUUCCUUUUUUAUCCUUCUUGAUAGUGUUCUGUCCAAACUCAAGCUGCAAGCACUCUGCAUCAGCUCCCACACCUGCUGCGCUGGUACAGUCGUGUACAAGAGGUUCCUGGGGUCCUCAGGGCAGCCAAGGCAUGUGGAAUGACCCUCACCAUCCCCCAAGUCCCUACAUCGAGCAUCCCAGCGCAGUCAGCAGAGGACAACAUAACCAGCUCAAUGGAGCAAGAAGAAAGUCAGGAGAUGACCUCACAGCCUCCCUUUGUCGGAGGACCAAGACCCACCAUGACUAAACUUAAAGUAAUUAUUAAGUUUUCUCGCUUAUUUCCCAUCAUGCUUUACUUGUAUGUAAUUUGGAGCAUAUUUGCUUCAACAAACACUCUAAAUACCAGAAGCUGUCUCCCUUCAGUGUCCCUUCAGAGCACAGAUAGUAGGUUUGUCAGCCUCCAAGUGGUUGUUAUCUGUUAUCCCUGUAAUUUCAUGGACCCAUUUUCUGCUGAUUGUGCCUUUAAGAAUGUGGCUCUAAGUUAGUGUUUGGCCUUCUGGCAGACACUCCUUAUUAUAGAAAUUUUCAUCUUCUUUUUAAAAGUGCUUGGAUGUUAAGUGCUUGCAGUCACUGAAUUUACAUUUUAAGUGGGAAAGGUUGUAGGAUGCUUGUUUGUGUGAAAAUGUAUUCAUCAAACAAGACAAACUAACGCACUGUUUUGGAGGGGAUAGCCGAAUCUGUCUACAGUAAUAGUAUUUCACUGCCCUCGGUGCAUUAUAAAAGGCACAACUCAGUAUUCUCGGUGGAGCCUGUCACCACUUACAAAGUGCAGACAGUGCGCAUUUAGCUUAUCCCCAACUCAGGUGCAAUAAAAAACGAUGAAUCUAGUCUAAAACAAAACAAAGUUUUAUAGCUGGGUAUAUAAGUAUUUUAUAGUAAUGGCUAAAAUUAUAGUGUAAAGAGACAAAAAGGCACACAAACCAGCAUAAUGUGUCCACGAUGUCAAAAUAUGGUCCCCUCAGGAAGCAUCAGAAAGAUGCACAGACUUCCACACAUUUGUAUCUUUCUUGGCUUUACAGCAUACCACAUACCACAUUUUGCCCUUGCAAAAUGUUUUUGACCAGCUUUUCCAGCAGCUGUCUCACCCCUUACUAACCUCCCACACCAAGCCUUCAGACUGUUCAGUUGGCCCUGUUGCUCUGCUUUCUCAGCAGAAGAUAUUCACUGUGAUUUCCUGCUGGCUAAGAUUCUGUAACAAUGUGAUUUUAAUGUGUUGGGAGAAGAGGGUGAGAAGAAGGGGCUUUGGUGAGGCUGAGUGAGCUGGGUGGUCAGGAUGGGAUCUGCCUCCAACAUGCCAUGUUGAUAAAUGGAAUUCAUUUGGGCACAGAUGUGCUCAAAUGACAGUUUUCAUGGCAGGUUGAAAUCAGACAUUAGAACUGGGAGGAAUAUGUGCCGCAGAUACACACCACAUACACAAUAGCCACCAUUCUCUCUGUGCCUGGAGGGAUUAUAAGGAUGGCUGCGUGCCGCCACUAUAAUGUCUGCACUGCAGCUGUUGUGUUGUCUUGGCCAACAUGCCUGUGUGGAUGUGUAUGUGUGCACAUAUCCUCAUAUAUGACUGUGUGUGUGACCCUUGGCAAGUGCAUGGAGACAGAGGUCUGCCGUCUGAUGUGGUGACACGCGAUCCUUCACUUCUGCUAAACAGAGGCACUGGGCUCAUCUCGCUACACUAUCCACGAUGUGAACGGGUCAUAAACUCUUAUUUUUUCGCACCUCAGUUAACACACACUGAUGCAGGACAGUCAAAACAGCCUGUGCAUUAGUGUGCAAUGAGCUGUAGAGUAGUAGAGGAACUACCCUUGAUGCAAAUGUAAACAAAAGGCCACCUCGAGUAACUACACCCAGUAUCAUCAGAAUUAAACCCGGACUUCUAUCACUCACAAAUUGAUCGACAGACCUUUAAAGCAGUUGCUCAAAUUGGACAACAGUUCAAUCUAUAAAAGCAGGACAACAGGGGGAUGAUCCAGAAAAGGACUCAGAAAAGGAGGAUUAGUGAGUUAUCAGGCUCACUAGAAUAAAAAUUCAGGGAAAUCUUGGAUUUUCUGUAGGAUAAAAGGGGAUCACAGGAAAGCCGGUGUUCCAGAAACAAGGAUUACUCAAAGUCUGUGUCUCUCUCCCCUGUGGAAACUCACGUGAACUAAUCAGCUGUAUGGACUGCUAAUGAGUUACUCUCUGUUACACAAUUUGGAUGCUAGCUUUUUCCUGUGCAUACCAUUUAAGAACUUGAACGCCCACUCUUGCACCAGUUCAGGAGUGUGGGACAACUGAGGUAUUUAGAAACAUCCUCAGAGUAUACCCGGUGUUAUGUGAAAACUUUGCGAACAACUGACUUUAUCCAAGAUGUAAACUUGAUCUUUUAAGCCCAGUAUUAGAGGUGUUUUAUUCACACAUCUUUGGUUGAGUUUAUAGAUUGUGGCUGAAGAGUCUUUCCCUGACCCUUUCAAAUAUCAGUAAACACUCGGACACAAAAGAAGCACAUACUUGACAUUGCUCUUGCAGUAAUUUGACUGAAAUCUCAAGGCCCAGACUUCUUUGUACCUCUUACCCUCUGCUUUGAGGCUCAGUUGGUGUUGAUAUCAGAAAAGGGGGCUGCUUUCGAUAGAACUCUGCCUGACAGGCCCUGUUUAACUUAACCAAUAUCUUUGGUGCACUUUAAGACCUUAUUUUUUCUUUUUACAAAAUUCUCACAAUUUAAAGUCAUAGAAUAAGGAAUGUUUCUUAUACUUUGCUCCCCUCAAGUAAAGCUCCUGUGAGGACUUUUCAGAUGAUUUUAAAACAAACUGAAUUGAUCGUGAUGCCUCUUUAUGACCUUCACAAGUCGAUGAGAACGGCAACCAGACUGAUAAUUUUGAUUUUGCUGUAUUUAACACCUGUAAAUGGUGUUGCAGGGUAGGUGUCAGAUGAAUUAACUAACAUUACUAUGUCAAAAAAAACCUUGUUUAUAUUGUUCAUGACAAAAAUUUGUGUUGAGUGAUAGUUUUUUAAAGCUCCUGUGGGGAGUUUUUGAUAAGGUAUGAAAAAAAUGAGCAGUGAUGCAUCCCUACAAUAUUUAAAAGCAGAUGAAACCAAGAUCAACAGUUUCCUGCUCCAGUCUAUGUAUGAUGUUCUCCCAAGUCCAUCAAACCUGCUCAACUGGGGUCCAGCAUGUCUGCUGUGCCAGGCUCGAGGUUCUUUGGAGCACAUCUUGAGCUGCUGCUCUGAAGGCUUGGGAGAGGGGAGGUAUUCUUGGCACCAUAACCAGGUGCUGAAGGCAAUAGCUGAUACCAUCUGCAUUGGGAUCCAGAGGAGCAGAUCUCAGGUCGCAGCAAAGCAUGAUUUCCCCCUUCAUCCGCACAGGGGAGAAGCUUCAGGCGGAGUGCAAGGCCUCAACAGGGUUGCUAGCCUCAGCGCGUGACUGGCAGCUGAAAGUGGACCUGGGGAAGCAGCUCAAGUUUCCAGAACACAUAAAUACAUCACUCAGGCCGGAUUUGGUACUACAUCUGACCCUGCAAAAGAAGUGGUGCUUCUGGAACUCACAGUCCCAUGGGGAGGACGGAUGGAGGAAGCCUACCAGUGAGAAAGAGCCAAAUACUGUGAGCUAAUAGAGGCCUGCAGAGAGAAUGGGUGGAGGGCUUGCUGUGAACCCAUCGAAGUCGGCUGCAGGGUAUUUCCAGGAACGUCUCUUCACCGAGCACUCAGGCUUCUUGGCAUUAGAGGGUCGCUGGAGAGGAAAGCCUCCAGCAAGAACAGUAAAGCAGCUGAAAGGGACUGUGGAUAAAGAGUGGUGGUCCAUGGUGUAGUUUGCUGCUUGGACUCAACCCUUGUUGGGUGGCUCAGUAGAAGGUGUUUGAUGAUCUUGAGACCUGAAACACCCCUAUGACCCAGGGUUCAUCACUCAGUAUGUUUACAUGACACUCGAGAAAACCGAAUUAUUGCCUCACUCUGAUUAAGACCGGACAACUGAAGUGCAUGUAAACACCUUAGUGCGACUGUAAUCUGAGUUUGAGAACUUCGAUUGGAGUCGGAGAACUCAGAUUAAGACACCCACUGAAAAGACUCAUAUUGUCCCCUAGUUUUGGGGAGGAGGGCACGUCCAUGUCAAUAAUUAAAUUUCCUCAGCUGCAUGUAUAGAGGGACAAGGAGACGAGUCCGAUUUGGUGAAAAAAAAAAAAGAAUUAUGAGCUUAGUCCAAUUCAGCUGUGCAUGUAAACGCACUGACUGUUAAUGUAUCCAAGCCACACCAUCUGAAUACAGAAGGUCCUAACAAAAAUCUGUAUCUGUUGUGAGGGGGUAGGAACGCUGAAGGAACAUCCCAUAUAACCUUUCCCACAGUUGAUAUUCACAAUGACUGAUAAAUCAAAAGAAAAGACAACAGAAGUAGAAUUUUUGUCAACUAGCACCGCUUUCUUUAAGAAGAGAUUGAAUCAGCCACGAUGUAUGGGUUACAACUUUGUCCACUGGGGGUGCCAAAAUCAACAAAGUCUGAAAGUUCCUAACAGGAGCUUUAAUGGAUUGAACAAAAUAUAGGAAAUCACUUUCAAUAUGAGACACUCCAGUACACCACCACCAUCCAUCUUCAAUGAUGAAUGUUAAUAACAAGUAUCAGCUGUCUGACCACGUCAUCAAAAACUGUAAAAAGCUUCUUUGUGGUAGAGCUGUUGUUUUGAAUCGCAUUGGAUUGCCUCAGUGUUGCCACUUUGGUGCACAUUUGCUGUUCGAUAACGUCAAACGGACAACUUUUAAAAAAGAGAAUUCCUAAAGUGAAGUAACAUAACAACCCAAACAUUAUGAUGACUUUUUUUGCAAUCACCAAUAUUUUAAGUUCUAGAAAAAACUGAAGUUGCAGUAUUUUAAAUUUUUAAUUUCAACGUACAAAAGCUGCUUUUGUUUUUGUUUUUGUAAGAAAAGAAAAUGCACUCCUUUCACACUUGAAGAAUAAGAUUUCAUAAUAAUUACUAUUGAUCAAGUAGGACCUAUUAUCAGACUACAUUUAAAGGGCCUGUCAUGGGCAGACAAAUGUAGAGCGGUUACAAAAGGUUUUCCUAAAACAGAUUCAUAAGAGCAAUGACCCAAAACAGAGUCCUCACCUUCAUAGUCUGUGCAGAAACUCCUAAUCUUGUUCUCUCUCUCUAAUCACCAAAGAAGCAGAAUGAAAAAAAAUGAAGUGCUGUACCCUGUACACUUGAACGUGCAGGGGUGUGUGGUGCUGGUGGCACAUUUGUUCUUUCUUGAAGGAGUAAUAAGUGCACCAGCAGUGUUUUUCCUCAGGUGUAGCUUCAGAUCAGCGUGAGGAAGGGGACACAGUGCUUGUUCAAGAACAGUUCUCUUUCAAUCACUUCAUUACAACCGUUUGGACCACAGAACCUCAAGGCUGUGGAGGGGUUUCCAUGGUAACGUGUGUAUUUAUGUGUGUGUCUGUGUGUUUGUGCGUACCACCCCCAGGAAAAUGGCAUUGAGGCAGUGUUCGCUCCUCAUCCUUGCCCUGCCUGGACCCUCCCAUGGGACAGCUUACCCGCAGCUAUCAACCCCACUGAAGGUGAAGUCAAAUUUCUGCCUUUUGGCGUUCUACUCUGCCUUCUUCAGUUUUUCUUUCUGCCCUUUUCUGCUCUCUUUACUUUUUUGAGCUUUGUGGUGUUGUUUUCUCUCCUUUGUUUUUAUAUUUUAUAUGUUUUUACUUCUCUUUACUGUCUGUGUACCCACCUAGUCUUGACUCAUCUCCUGUCAUUUGUUGUUCAAACCAACUUCAUCUCUAUAUCUGCCUCCAUACCAUUCCCUACUCCCUCUUUCCUUGCAAUUUAUUAAAGGAAAAACAAGUAUUAUUGUUAUUCCUGAUACUGUAUAUGCAGCCAGGCUGAGGAAUGUGUAUAAAUAUUUAGAUAAAGCUUCUCUACUCCGGCUGUGGCCUGGUGAUUUUCAGUGGCACCUCACCACCCCUCUGAAAGAGUGAUAGUAUCCCCUGACACAUUGCAGAGCUUUCUCUCUCUCUGCUCAUCCUCAGCUGGAUGUUUCCCCAUGAGACCCACUAAUUAAUUUUAAAGUGCUUAUCUUAAUGUUUUUUUGCCCCUUUUAUGCUUGAAAAAGUCUGUGUGAAAAACAGACUCAGCACAGUAGAUACACAGAAGAAAAAAAAGUGCACACUGGCGCAAACAAUGUGCAGUAACGAACUUGUGCUUUAGUGGAAGCUGAUAGCAGUGGGAGAAGGAGCUAAUAGGCAGUGGGAGGGCUGGUGAUUGCUGCCCCAGGUGGCACUGCUGAAGCAGAGAGAGAAGAAAUCUCUGUUUCAUUAAGUCUCCUCUGCUCUCUCCUGUGCCGGUUUUCUUUGUAUUAGUACGAUGUCUGUGUUUGUUAUGAUGCUAAAUGGAAUGAAUGCAUGUAGAGCAGCAGCAGCAGUAAAUGAGUUAUCGUAAUGAGAAGAAUUGAAGGGAGUUGAGGACAUCUGAAUAUUUAGUCAUUUCCUUUUCUGUUUAUCAGUACAGCAGGUAUUGAUUUCCUUCUUUGCAUCUUUUUAGACCUUUCCUAGAGCUUAAUUUUUCAGAGAACACCUGGAAAUGAAACUGGAUAUGUGUUUUAUUAUUUAGAUGAAUUAGGUGUCAUAAGUUCAGCCUCCCUACUUUCUUUUGCAGGCCUAACCUACUCAUCAUUACUCCUGCAGUGUCCUGUUAAUGAACCACACAGUAACUUUAAAUAAAAAACUAGAACAGAAUUUAUUUGCAGAAAAACACAGUACCAGGGAAAAGAAAUACACCAUUGAAGAUCCAGAGGGGAAUUUUCAGUUUGUUUCAGUUUGGGUGCCAAAACUCUGUCUAAGCUCUUAAUUGAGUCUGUCCUGUAUAAGCUGUAGUCAUGCUUUAUCAAAUGUGAAUUUUUUUUUUGUUGUAACCGGCCAAAAACUCCUGUCAGUAGUCUUAAUAAAACUUAAAUCCAGCAAAAAUGUGGCACAUCCACUCAAAACCAAUCAACACGGCAAUGAUUAGGCCUUUAGUAACUUGAUUAUAUAUACGCUGACUGAAUAAAACAAGUGUCUAAAUAAAUCACCUGUGCUGUCGGGAAAAUUGAACAUUAACUACCGCAAAGUUUUUUCUCAUGAAAACUAGGGAUACGCACAUUCAGUCAACUCAACGACCAAACAAUGUCACCCUUUCAAAUUGCCACCAGAAUUAGUUGUUAAUUAAACAAGUUAUUUUUAGUCUUAUCAAAUUAAAGCCUGAAACCCAAGUCCUUUGUUGGGUCUAGGAUGUAGCGCCACCAGCAGGGGCCUCAAUUAUUGGCUGCUGUUCUACUGCCAUGAUUGUUUUGCUUCUCAUUUGCAUAGAAAAUACUGCAGCAAGACAUGACCAGCACAGAUUUAACAACAACAACAAAAAAAUAAUAAUGGCAAUUAUCAUCAUUAUAAUCAUAAUUAUAAUUAUGAUGAGAAAACAUUUGGUAUAUUGGCUAUGACCCUUAAGGUCACAAUAAUAAUACAGCAACAAUGAAAACAGACUUAAUAUCCAAUAAACUUGGUAAACAAUAUGCAAAAAAGGCAACAAUGCACAAUAAGAGGCAAAUGAUUUGAAUUUACAGGCACACGUGGCAUGGGUUCGAUGGACAAGUACUUCUAAAUUGUGUAUUUUUCGAUGGGAUUGGAAAGCGGGAAGAGACUCAGAGGAACUGAUUGUUUGUGGAAGAGAAACCGGGAGACAGGGGCUGCAUGGCUGAACCCCCCUGCUGGGACACUUUGGAGUGAAGUUAUAAAGGAGAUGAGAGAAGUCUAAAGAUUACAAGUUACCCUGUUCGUAAUAAAUGGUGACAUUACCCUGCCAGGAGGACUGAAGGUUAGUUUCUCUGCUGACUUUAGCUGCACUUUGUAAACCAGUUUGACUAUAUUUACUGUCAGUCUGAUAUCGUCUGUUCAUCUGUGAUUGAGAUUAAAAAAUCAGUUUGUCGAAUUAGGAUUUUUGUUUAAAGUAAAAUCCACAUGUUGUGCAUGUCUAAUGACAGCAACCAACAGAGAUACCUUUUUUUUUAAAAUUACUUUUGAUUCAGUUUCUAGUGUCGCCACAUCGACAUUAAUCUACUGUCACUUACUGGCUAAAUGUGCUCUGUCAAUUCAAGUGGUUUUAUAGUUACUUAAUGCAGGCAGCUCUACAAGUCAAGCGUCACUCUCUAAAACCUCUCUGUAGCCUUUCAUGUAUACUUUGGAUCAUGUUCAGUCUUUAUCGUUUUGCAGUUGGAGGACCGUGGAUGAAUUGAGCGAUGAGUUCCACCUCAGCGUGGACACUCUGAAACUCUCAAACGCAUCAGAAGUACAGCGAGUGUAUUCUAACACUUUAACAUGAUAGUCACUGUUUAAUUUCAAGCACCGCCUCCUGGAUUAGAGUCAACACAAUGACAGACAGCAAUAACUGACUUUCUAUUUUUUCAUCUCCACUGUAGUGGUUGUAAUUUGUACAACCGGUUGUAGCCUAUUAAUGUAUUUCUACAGAACAACUUAAUAACCUCUUUCUCUCCCAGAAAACCCCACUGACAUCUUAACAGAAGUACUCUUGACGAUGUGGGCAGCGUAUCUAUUCCGAGAGCCAGAAUCAUGUAGAGAGACUACAUUUUAGCUGUCCCACUUUUGUCGGCACUCUGCAUGAUAAACGGCUCUGUUGAUAUCUCCUCCUGCAGCAUUAGGCUGGUAGGUAGGCAGCCCCGGCAUUUCAGUCUGGUGUAAUUAAAGCGACGCAGAGACGAAAGGCAACCAAUUUGUCCUGAACCCCGGUGCGUGGGCUCUCCCAUCUAUCUGCUCCUACAGUUUACUGCACACACACCCACAUGUACAGUACAGUACAAAAGGGAAAAAAUGCAGCACUUUUCCCCUUACAUGUGCAUAAAUAUUCUCAUACCACAUACAACUGUUUGCGUCUGUUUUAUUUAUAUGUACAGUAUAAGCUUAUCAUUUUAUGUACUUUGGUCUGCUAGGACUUGGACAGUUUUGUUUUGGCUCUUUACUCCAGAGCAGUGAAUUUAAAGUGAAAUGAAGGUUGAAGUGCUGACUUUCAGCUUUGAUUUUGAGUGUUUACAACCACCUUCACUGAACUGUGCACAAAUUUGAGCCCAUUUUAUGCCAUACCCCUGAAGGGCAAAACAUUUUAUACACCCAGUAUAGAUGCGUGGGCACUUCCAAACACUCAUAAAGCUUAAAGUCUGUGCCUCAGAUAAAUGUGAUUUGAGGUCCAUCAUACUGGGAAAUAGAAAAAAAAACUGUACAGGAUGUAUCACUUUCUUGAUAAUUUAUGACUUCUCAACUCAGCUUUUUAUAUCUCAGAGAAGAAGAUGUGACUCUUGCUUAGAAAAAUAUGCUCCACUUGUCCUGUCUUUCAACCCAUCUAAUUGGUGUUUGGUGGUAAUACAUUCUUCAUACUGCAGCUCGUAUCUGCACAAUAUAUAGAAACAAAGGGACCCUGUUGUUGAGGUUUUCAACCUUCUUCUUCAGAGGUCUGCUUCACUGGAUGUGUUGAAGGCUGUCUGCAGACAGGUAAACAGCAAGUGUGAAUACAGGGGCCAUUGUAUACAGCCGCCAAUGUCUCGUCUGCAGCACUUCACUUAAUAGAUGGAGGAGGAAGGCAACGGAGAGGGCAGACUAAAGUGAUGGAGUAUGUGACAGCGGGAGAGUGAGAUAGGGGUGAGACAGCUUGAAGAGAGACAAGGGUUAUCUGCAGAAAACAAGGCGGGGGAAGGAGGGUGAGUGAGACAAUCAGGUAUAAAAGAGGGAGGGCUGGUGUGGUGGUGCAUAGUUGUCGUACUUCACACAUGCUGCUAUUACGUCCUCAAGGGUUGUUUCGGUACAAAGAGAUGAGAUGAGUUCACAUGUCUUCGUCUUGGGUUACAAGAGUCUGACAGAAGUUGAACUGCUGGAGUGAAAACUGGCUCUAUUUGUCUCUGUUUCUCUGCCUCAGCUACAGCUGAGGUGGGAUUGAGAUAUCAUGAAUCCCACUCUUGGCUGCUCGUGUUUUUUAGUUGAAGAGGAGAAAAAAGUACAGAAACCUACAGUGCUGUGUGCAUAGCUUUCAUCACAGUUGGUGACUCAACCGCGAUGCAACCCUAUAACCCAAUAAAAGUCCCUUGUAAAGAUGACAUCUGAUAAAAACUUCAGGAAGUCACCAUGAAAAAGUCCGUCCACCGACCCCAGAGACGCCUGACGUGAUGUUUGUACAGUUUGUUUUGUGCACAAAUCUCUCAGACAAGAUUGGACAUUUUAAUUGUCGACUCUACAAAGUAUUUACAGAUGUUUUUUCCUUUGGACAGACAAGUUUUUAACACAGACUGUCUAUCACAAAGAACAUGCACAUCUGCUAUUGUUUGUUUUGUUUGCACUUCUGUUAUCUCAUUCCAGCGUAGCUUUACACUUGAACAAGCACUGUUUGAUUAAUUCUGGCUACAGCACAAACAAGCUUCAAAUAUAACUCGUGUAUUAAUCUUUUGAAGAAACCUGGUUGAAAGAAGGUGGUUUACAUAUUCAGCAGAUACAGAGCAGCUGCCACAUCCUUUGUCAUUUUCUGGUCCACUAGUACCGGUUCAAAGUAGGGGUGGGCGGUGUCCCAGUAGCAACACCGUCGCUGGUGUUCUCCCACAACGCUGAUUUUGCUUUAACAUCAGCAGCAGUUGGAACAAUCACCCAACAGAGAUUUAUUCCUGGAGGGUACAAAAAAGUGGUGUAACAGACUCAUUUAUGAUUUACAACAGCAUAGAUUAACUUCCAGUUUACUGACACUUGUGAGUAGAUUGAUCAGGUAAACUUAGGCUGUUUUCUCAUCAAAUUUGGUGUAGGACGGUACGUGAACUGCAGGGAUUUAUAUCUCUGUUAUGUGUCUUCCAUCAUGAAAGCUUGUUUAUACUGAUGACUUGAUUGUCUUAAGGUUAAAUAUUUUUAGAAGAAACAGGGUGACACCAGUGUUUUAAAUUAUAGCAUUUAAAGUGCAACUCUAAAUGCUGUAAUUCCUGAAAACUGCUGCCAAUUGUACUUCUGCAAAGUUAGUUUCACGAUAAACACAUUUGCUUCCGACAAAAUCUUCACAGUGGAAAUCUCCAGUUGGGAUUUUUUUAAAUACUUUUAUUCUGAAAGAAAAUGAAUGCAACUUUACCAGGUGUGUUGAUAAAAACACAAACCGGCAGUAGCUCAGGAGGUAGAGCGGUGGUCCGAUAACUGGAAGGUUGGUGGUUCGAUUCCCCCCUAUCCCUAGUCUGUCCCUUAUGUCCUUGGGCAAGACACUUAACCCACCUUGCUCCCAGUGUGUGUCCUCCACUGGUGUAUGAUUGUGAGUGUUGUGUAGUGGUGGUCGGAGAGGCCGUAGGCGCGAAAUUGCAGCUACGUUUCUGUCAGUCUGCCCCAGGGCAACUGUGACUACUGAGGUAGUUUACGAUCACCAGAGCGUGACUGUGUGAGCGAAUGAAAGAUGUAUCCAAUGUAAAGCACUUUGAGGUCACAGACAAAAAGCGCUAUAAAAUCUGAUGCAUUAUUAUUAUUAUAAACCAGGGUAGAGGGUGAGGGAAUAAAACUUCAUACAGAUCAUGACUGAGAAGCCUCAUCAAACAGAGAACUGAACACACAGGGGUUUAUAAAACCGUCUUUUCCUGGUCGCAGGUAUGGACUAAAGUUGAGUACAGCAUUGCGGGCUUGUUCUAGUAAAAAAGGGGCUGAGUGGGGACAUAGUAAGUGAACACAAUUACAUGUGAGAAACAUUUCAUUUUGUAAUACUGUAAUAGGUGACCAUUACCACAAAAAGCAAAAUAAAUAAAUAAAUAAAAAUAAAAGGAUUAUUGUGAUACAUGUUUUAGGUCACAUUGCUAACCCCUUUUUAAAGUAUAGUUCGCUUUAUAUGAAUAGCAUUUGGAGCCGACAAUACAUGCCCACUGUGGUGAAAUGAUGUCUGACUGGCUGUCACAGUGGACCACUACUUUUCAUUUGUGAGCUAGAAAACCAAAGCAAUUAUGUCCUAAAAUUGUGACAGUCCUCUGUAGGUUCAUGAUUGCAAGCCUCCCAUCCCACUCACCAAACCAUAAUCUGGGGGUGUAGACAUUUUUAUUAACCUUACAGAGGGAGGUCAUUAUUCACAUUCAUCAGCUGAAUGAGUCAGGGGAAAAACAACUUUUUAAAGAAACUCCAUCUACUAGGUUGCAGCUACCUUACUAGCAUUGAUCCCUAGAGUCAGGAUCAUUCAGCUCUGUAAUUUUCCGUAUUGUAUGCAGUUUCUUCACAGCAUCCCAGACAGAUUCAUAAUGUGGUUAAGGAAACUAUGUUGCUUCAGAUGAGCUGGAACUUCCCUUUCUCACUCACAGACAUCCUGCUGCAGCUUUAUAUUCUUUGUAACUUAAAUCCCAAUGGAAAUGUUAGCCAUGCCAGACGACUUUGCCCACGCUUUCUGUGCUCUGCUUGUUUCUACACUCUGUGUAAAUCUAAUGAGUAGCAAAACAUCUGUUGAGUUAAGCUUCCAGGCACCCCUCACACGCUUGCAGUGUUAGUUUGGGAAUAAGAAGACCUGUCUGCAAGAUGCAUCAAAGCUGGGAUAUCAGUUUAAUAACAACAUUACAAUGCUGGAUCAUGUAGGAUGUAGGUGUAUGUGUGUGGUUGUUGUUUUUUUUUCUCCUGUAUUUUUGAAACUUUUUCUGACUGGGUUCAGAGAAGUAACAUGUUUUCUGAUGCAGAGAUGAAUGGAUGUGAUCCACUAUUAAAUCAGUUAGAGUCUCUCUCUGUUUUCGAACUUGGAUACAGUUAAUUAGCUGCUUUUGAUUGAUUUCCAGAUUUUUUGAAUUUCCUUUUCACCUCUUUAAUAAUUGACUCAGACUGAAUAUUGAUUGAUUGCACCAAGGACACAGCUCAGUCUCUAUCAGCGCACUCAGUUUUACUUUUAAAUAACAGAAGAUUGGAAAAAACUUGCCUGAAUACUAUGGAGAAUUGAUUUUUUUAGGGGAUCAUGACAUUUCAUUUUUAAACUUAAUAACGUUCUGACAUGAAAGACCAUAUUGUGUUUUAUCUAGUUCGAAUCAAUGGGAGGUAUUUGAGAAAAUAGUACUCUUAACAGUGGAAAUAAUUAUACUUUCAAUCCAUUCAACAGGAGGUCAGUCUGAAGAUUAGAUGGCAGUAUCAUUCAGUUAGACAUUUGUGACUCUUUUUAUACCCUUUCACAUGUGAAUGUGUUUUUUUAUUUGGACAGGAGCACUACUCUGUUAACGUGCGGUCUGUUGGCAAUAAACUCAGCAACAAAGUGACUGAACUAAUCCAAUAUAGUAGAGAGGCUCUUGUAAUUUCUUAAGGAACAACGAUGGGUCAAAUGAUAAUGCGAUCUGCACUUCUCCUCAGCUCUGUGUAAGUUUUUAAUUGAAUAAAAUAAAUGAGCAUUAGCCCCUGAAAACCCAAAUAUUUCCCUUGGGAGUAGAUGAAAAACAAACAGCAGCUUAACUGUAGUAAUUUAAUUCCUAGCCGAAAUGAAUUCUGAUGUUCCUCUGGUUUCGCUGGAUGUGUUGAUGCAUACUGUCAUUUAGUGAUGUGAUAUACAGUAAUGAGAUUGGAACUUUUUCUUGCCAGGGAAUACAUUCAUCGAGGCUCAAAGCAAAAUCAAAGAGGCCAAUUAAUGAGUUUUCAGUCUUGGAUGCACGUAUGUUAAGGGGUUGUUCAAAGUUCAGAUUAACUUACCCCCCUGUGUACAGAGUCACUCUGUACAAGUGGUGUUAUCUCCACGCCCAACUCCAUGAUACUCUGGCGCAGUAUGAUGAAUUUACUCCUUUAGGUGCAAUGGUAGCUGCCCCCCUAAGGGCUGCAGGCCAUGUAUGAUGAAGUGCUGCAUCCACCUUCUGAUGGGUACACUCAAUUCUUUGUGGACUGCCCUUGAGUUCAUCCAUCUUUAUUUCAGUCCAAUUCCAUGCUUGUGGGUUGUAAGUAGUUAAAAAUGAACAGUAUAAAGUUGUAUCCAGGGACAACCUCCAUUUCAGGAAGAGAGGACGUGGUCAUCUAUUGAAAAUAGUUCUACCUAGUUUUCUGGAUUCGGUUUGUAGUAGGUUUGUAGUCCCAGUAGAAUUGACCAAUCACAUAUCAGUAGACUAUGGAUUAUGCAGCAAAAAUAAUUAUCUGUCUUGAUGUAGGACAAAAUGAAAAUGUGGUCAACUGGUAUGUACUAUGUACCUGAACACAAACACAUUUCCCUCAGUAAGUUUACAUGACACUCGAGAAAACCGAAUUAUUGCCUCACUCUGAUUAAGACCGGACAACUGAGGUGCAAGUUAACACCUUAGUAUGACUAUAAUCGGAAUUUGCGAACUCUGAUUGGAGUUGGAGAACUAAGAUUUAGACACCCGGAUAAUGUGAUUGGAAUUUGAUUUUAUCUACCAUGUAACCAGCGUAGUUGGAGUAUGAUCAGACAAUGCAUGUUCCACGCACCCGUAACUCCAGAGCAAAAACACCAGAGAAGAGGAGUAGCGUGCACCUCAUCUGCAGAAAAAGUACCGUACAUCAUGUAGGACAAAAACGCUCUACAAUACUCCAUCUCCUUGCUCGAAAAUGCCCAGCAGCAGUUGUAGCCACUCCUGACGUCAACCUGCUGUUGUUGUUGACAGUUGUAUGGGGUCAACAACAGCGCUGCUAAAAAGACACAUAUCGCCCCCUAGUUUUGGGGAGGAGGACACGUUCACGUCAAUAGUUCAGUUUGCUCAGCUGCAUGUAUAAGUGGACAAGGGGAGAAGUCCCAUUCAGCGAAAAAAAAACAAAUUAUGUGCUUAGUCUGAUAAACUGUGCAAGUAAACGCACUGAUUGUCUCACCUGUGGGGCCUGUGAGCUUCAUUUCAGUCAACCUACUGAAUUAAAGUCUCUAAACAUGGCCUUUUUUCUGUUUGGAUGUCAAGAGAAGCUUCUGAAGCUCAGUAAAGAGGCAUGCAGAAGGCUCAGUCACAGAUCUGUGUCACAGUUGGCCUGCAUUAAAAUAUAUCCGCUUAGACAAGCGACCGUGACUAAUUCUCUCUCUUUCUCCUGCUGCGAAAAAAUGUGUUUUUUGGGUUUAUGGGAGACUUCAAAACAAAUGAUAAUGCAAUGUGGAGACAUAUGACAAGAUUAUUUAGAAAAGGCAGUUGACAUGUCAUAGGGUGCUUGUCAUCUAGAGGCUUUCGUAGUAAAAUGUCAGAGCUAAUCUAGUUAGAAGAUAAGUUUGUUGACUCUGGCCUGCUCACAUGAAUAAAGUCUACUUAUUUGAGUUCUCAGUGAUGUAAAAGUAUCAGAGGAACUGCAAACUUCAAUAAACUUACUGAUCUUGUCACCUCUCAAAGAUUCACCCACCGUACUCCAGGUGCUUGUACUGAAUGAAAUAUUCCAUCUUGUCUCUCCGUGUGAUCUGAUGGUUUUAGUGUUGGAGGAGAUUAGAUUGGUUAUCAAGAGAUCUUGAGGAGCAAACAUACAAAUCAUGAGCACUUUUAACACAAGUCUUUGCAGCCAGACUCCUCUCAAACUUUCAGAAUAAAACUCAUGGCAAUUCCUGCAAUAACUGCAGGUGUAUUUUUGUUUGGACCAAACACUAGAAUCCCUGCUACACCUGCAGCAUGACUUAGUGUGAUCACAUUUAUUUUACCUUCGAGGGGAGGUGUGCUUUUGAGCUGAGUACGUCAAGCUGUCGCUGCAUGUGUAAUUAAAGGUAAACUGCUUGUUUUUACAACGAGAGAUCAGAGUUUUUUUUUGAAGAGCAUAUGUUGAUACAAACACAAAGAUGUGGUUUAAAAUGUUAUUGAACAUUAGCGGGUGUGUCAGUCUGCACUUUGUGCCGACAUUUGGUUAACACCUCAUUCCCUGAAGCUUGUAGCUCCAAACAGCAGGCUGAGACUCUCAAAUCACUCCUCUCAUUCUCCAUUAAUUGAACUCGUUAGAGCCUUUAAAUUGGAGAUUUAAGGAUACGUGGUAAACACAGGACCGAGCACAACAGGCAGCCAGCUUUGUUACUCCCAAUUAGAGAGAUAAUUGGCACUUUAUAUCUACAAUUCAAGUUCAAACACAUCUAGACUCCCUGGAGGGGAAACCGCAGAGUUUCACGAUUUGCGCUGAUGUUUGAGCUGUGCCCAUUUAAAUGCAGAGCCACUGGCUGCCUCCAUGAUGAGCUCCUUGCAAAUGUCAUAUCAUGAAUAUUCAUUUGUCUCCCUAGUUUUGUUUAGUUCAAUAAUCUCUGGAGAGGCACUGGGGUGUGGGCACAGAGUGGGGAGACAAUUUGCCCAACCCUCAGCCAGCUUUCACUGGGUUUUGGAUUACAUAGUGUUUCUCACGCUGUUUCACUAGGCUCAUAAUUAAUUGCUGAUUAGUGUUUUGAGCCCUGAGCAGAAUGUUAAAGCUAAUAUUCUCUCCGCUGGCCUUUUCUUCAGAGCACAGUUUAGUUGCCUUUGUCUUUAGAAGUCUUGUGGGUUUGGGAUGUGACGAUGACAUUUGAGAGCUACAGCGGACUGAAUGUAAUAGCUUUUCUGUUAUCUUUAAGUUGUUGAAAUGUUUUCAUUUAAGCUCCAGAGAGAUCUGACAAAAAGUGAAAAGUGAUUUUUUUUUUCAGACCUGAUGAAAAACUAUUUAUUACUCAAGAGAUUUCAAGGGAUUUUUAUUUUGGUCGUCAUGUAACAUACAAUGUUCAUCAGGUACAUGAAGAUCAGGUACUAGAAGAAGAAAUAAAUAAAAUGGAUACAUAAAUAGUGUUACAUCUUGACCAAAAAAGCUGUAGGCUGAAGCUAAUGCUUAUAAUGCCUACCCUUUCUCCAACCUUAAAUUUAUACAUGACAUAUAUGUGAGAAGAUACUCCUUCAGGAAGGCAACACACAGCAUCCCAGAUGAGACAAAUGAGAGAAAGAAAUCACAUGUUCAAGACCGAUUGUUUUGCACUUUGUUUUUUUGAGGUUUAACCCAACAGUGUACGCAAAUGGUCAGGAUUUUUAUAUGUUACUGUGACUUUCAUAAACAACACUAUAGAUGUUUCAACAGUGUCUGGUAUUCACAUGACAUGCUAUUACCGUAAGUAUAUUGAUUCUGGUCAUUACCCGGAUAUUACUGUGUGACUGGGUGUUAUCUUCGACUGCAGUAGAGGACAGAGAAAGCCUUAAUAGGUUAGUAGGUUCAGUGCUCCUUCAAAAUAAGAGACUUAUUUUUUUUUAAAUAAGUUUGAUUCUUAACAAUAUGACAGCAAAGCAACACAGACACAUGCAUAUCCAAAGAUAUACAACAAAUAGGCCAUCCGUCACCACAAUAAAUAGGGACUUAUUAUAUCUCCAGAUUUGAUGAGUAUCAGACCGCCCCUUUUUUAUAUGUUAACUUUAAAGUAUCUCUACUUAAAUACAUACAUGUAAAUACAAUGUUGAAUGUCCACACUAACCUUACCAUUGAAAGUCCCAGUUACUUUCUCUUCCCAGAGACAGCACAAGAAAACAGUGGGAGAUUUUGAUGUUUCCUGGGAAAGUGACAACCACAACAUAUAGUAACUGUGCUCCCCACUGCAGUGACUCUUUUGUAAAUAGAAGCUAGUACAAGCUGGAUUUGCAUCUUAUUUGUCACUGAAAUUUAGGGCUGUCCCAUCAGUAAAGACCAGCCAUAAGGGCUCAGAACCACAAAAUGUAGGAAACAUUAUAACAACAGUUAAUGAUACUGAUAAUGCUAAAAAUAAUAAAGUAAAAUUGGCUGCCAUUUAUGAAUGAUAUGUACAGCUGGGAAUAAUUCAAAGUCGAGAGAAAAAUGCUAAUGGAGUCAAGCAGAAGCAGAUUAGCCUUUGUUUUUCCGAGAUACAUGUUUAAAGCCGAGGCUGCACUGGAGAUGAAAUACAAGUUUCAUCCUGAUUUAAUGAACAUUUUCCACUGCGGUCUUGAACCAAUUCUGUGACAUGUUUUUGGGUUAUAAUUAGCAACUCAAAGUUUAAGACAGCAAUAUGAAACUUUGUUUGGGAAGAUGCUCAAAACAUCUGCCACUUUCAUUUGCACAAUUUGUGGUUUGGCAUGUUGUGUAAUACAUGUUCAGACUGUUGGUAAUUACAGGAGGCACUUCGCAGAGCUGAUCUUAUUUUUUCCUGUUGUGCUUGUUUUCUUUUUAUCUCUUAAUCUAGUUCUCAUCCUCUUUUUAAUUUUGUUUUUGAUUCUUUCUGCUUUUUUCCCCCCGUAAACCUCUGCAAAGUUACCUGCUUUAUAUUCUUAUGACAUUUUCCAACUCUAAACUGUUUUGUUUUCCCCAACAAUCUUAAGCUAUAAGGCUUCCUUUAACGCCAAGGGCGUUUUAUUGUCAUUUAUUAAUACAACUCCUAAUAGCAGGUUUAAAACAUUUCUCCUUUCUCGUCAUGUCAGCGUUUGUUUUUACCGCCCUUUAACAAACUAAUCUCACAUGAAUUCUUCUUUCUGUCGACUCAGAGCUUAUUAUUACGUCCUGUUUCUGGUGAACACUGUAAUAGAUGAUGUGUCAUAUUUGGUUUCAGUGCGUGUGCUGUGAUGGGCUCCAACUGUGGAAAGGACCCACCCAGGUGCCCACAUCUAAUUUGACUCAAAACAGAACGGUGUAUGGGUUCUGGCAUGUAUGUCUCAGUUUGCUGUGUUUCUGGAUCUCAUUGUUAGAAGGAGUUUUCCCUCAUGUUUUCUUCACCCUCAUGGUGUUGGCUUACACUGCUGUAGGGGUGAUUUGGCAUUAUUGUGAGCUAGUUUGCGUUUGGUCUGUAGCUGCUUCUGCAUUAAAAAACAAACACAGAUCAGACUGGAGCCUCCACUGCUCCACCUUUUCUCACUCUGAAAAGUAAAAUAGUUAUUCCAGAGAUAAGAGCACAUUUUGGCUUUUUUUUUUUUUUUUUAAAUAAGCUGUGGACACUCUACAGUUAUUCUACUAACUUAGGUAUUUUUAGUUUAUCUUGUGCAAACAGAAAAACUUAGCUGACAUUUUGUUGAACUUUUAAAACUGAGGGGCAACAAUAUUUUCCUACAGUGUGCAGGUGGCUUAGCAAAGAGAGCAAUGUUUCAUCUAAAUCCUGCUCUAAUCAUCCAAAGGGCACAUUUUGUGUUUGUGGCCAAUCUCUAAUCCCUUGAGUCUAGUCCUACUUUCCUAAAUAAGAGUGUCUGUGCAGUGCCAAGACAUUUGCAGAAAGAAUACGUAAAUAAAUAUAACCAGAGCACCAUGCAUACAGUUUGUCUCUAAUAAUGUAACAUUAAAAAUUCAUAAUGAACUGAAAUCAGUGAUGAAAUCCUUUUUUAGCUCAAAGUUGUCUUGUAGACUCAACAUGUCUUUUUCUCUGCAGCCUGAGUGUAAGUUUAGAGCACAGGGUUGAAUGGGGAAUCCCUUUAUAUCUCUCAGCAGAGAGGCUCAGUCCUUGUCACCCAAAUGUUUCUGUGGAGAUCCAGGCUGAGCAGGGACACAUGCUGGCUGGAGUCCAGCCAGCCUUUAUUUAUUCUCGAGUUAGCACUGCAAGGCGAGGGCUAAAAGUCAUGCUGGCUUGAAGAUUUUACAAAGGUGGCAGGCCAGAAGACGUUGACACGGCCCUCCACAGAUGCCAGUGCCACUUACCUCCCUGAAUUUGACAGCUCCGACCGAGCACAGAAAGCAGAGAUGAAGGGGAAGAGUGUGCACAGAAUAAAAACAAACCACUUAGUUUGUGAAGCUAGUUGUCAGGACAGGUUUGAAGGAAACACAACAGGGAGGAACCUUCAAGUAUAUUUUACACAGUUUUCAGAAAACAACUUAUCACAGUCAUGAUGUUAUUAAGCUAAUUAAAUCGACUAAACUGAUCUGAUAGCUGAAGAAAAAAACAGAUCACAGCAGUCCUUUAACAGUCUGCUGCCUUUAAAACAUUCAUGGAUUUCUCUAAAAUUAACCCCAGUAGUGCAUUUUUGGUGUAAAACUAUUUUCAGUGUUUCCCCUAGAAUUUUUUUCAGCAGCGGCGGUGGGGGAGGGGGGAUUUUGCUGUUACUGCCACCCUCUUGCCAAUCAAGGAGCUACACUGUUACGUAACAUUACGUUACCCCCACUACUCGCUAUUUAGACCGUGUAUAAGUUUAAAUGUUACCCUUCACAUUAAUGGAAGAGAGUCCGACAGAAUUUGAUGCGCUCGUUGACGACUCAAAACAAGUCAAAAAUAACGUUGUGUGUUGUUGUGCAAGUAGAAAUCAUUAGUGUCGGAUGGAUAUUAAUGAUCAAGUAAACUUUCAGUAUCAGCGCACGUAAUUCAGCAGCGACACAUGAAUGUAGGGGAAUCACUGUAUUUUCACACUUACUUCUCUGAUGUCUCAAGAAGGACUUUAUUAAACUUGUGUGCACAUUUGAACUAUCUUUUGUGAACACGCUCCUAUUUUGUACUUUUAGAUUGAUAUCUUGUGUGCAUGAAAUCUUCUUUUAAGGUCAAACAAUAACUGAAGGGCUCUUCAUGCUUUAAGUUUAAACAGAUAUUGAUGUGUGCAUGCAAGUCAUUAUCUUGUGAGUAUGAUAAACUAAAUUGUUUUUACAAGAUAACUUAUUUUGUGUGGUACAAGGCAAAAAUACUUGGAACAUAUUUCUGGUUUUAUCAAGUAUUAUGUGGUGGAGUAAUGGAUGUUUCUAAGUUGUCAGAGUUCAUUCACAUCCUUUUUUUGCACUGGUGCUGCCUAUUUUCUUUUCAUAACAGCGUUUCAGUGUUUUUCAGCACUCAGCUUCCUGAGUACAAAAAUGCCCUCAGACUCAGCUGUUUUUUGUUGUUGUUGCCGCUCUCACAGCGCUCUUAGUGAAAUCAACUUUAGGAACAGUGCCAAACUCAUCAAAGUUACUUUUCCAUCAUCAGCGAAUCAAAACCAAGAAGGGGCAGGAGUUCUGGUAACAGACAGGAAAGAUUUUAAGUGCACAGUAAUAACACAAAACCACUUUUUCAUACUUUGAACAUCUGUGUGCUCUGUUUUAAUUUUAAUUACAUAUAGACCACCCAAGCCAAACUCUUUUUAUCCAAAAAUUCUCCCAACUUUUAUUGUAUUUUAUGUCCAAAUUUAAAAGAUUCUUAUUUUAGGGGAUUUUUACAUCCAUGUUUGCUCCCCCUUUCAGCCUUUACCGUUGAUUUUAUGGCUGUUUUUGCCUCACCCAAAGCACUCAUCCUCAAAGUCACACCUUUAAUUUGUUUUUACACCAUGGUCCCAGCCCCUACAACUUUGACACCAAGGAUAUCUGUGUCAGAUCAUAAUGAGCUGGUUUUAGUCAGUGUGGAUUUAUCUAGCCUGCCUGUUAUAAAUAGCACAUCAGUCUCUUGUUGUGUUUUUAGUUCUGCAUCUGCUAGUGAGUUUUUGGAGCUUUUUAACACUGAUUCCUUGACUGCUUUCAACUGAAAUUAUACCACUGAAGAGAUGGUCUCCCAAUUUAAUCACAUCUGCAGGGAUAUUCUGGAUUCUGUUGCACCAUAAAAAUCACAAGUCUCAUAAAACACAGCAGACCCGGUUAAAUGAAACCUCACAAGAAUUUAAGAGGGACUGUAGAAGGAAAGAAAGAAAAUGGAAAAAAAAAAUGGCUCAGCAAGAGCGUCCGCUUAUUCUAAAUUAAUUUUUAUCAAAGUGUUCAAACCUUAGGAUGUUAAUUAAAGUUUAAUACUCUCUCAUCAACCCCAUACCCUCAAAUUUCAUUGACAACUUACCUGAGACCUGUAAGUCCCACCACGUUAUGUCCACAUUCUGACCCAGUAUUUUAUGAAUCAUCAACAGCUCACUUUUAAGUGGUUGCUCAAAUUUUACUGAUCACUUUUAAAACUCAAGUUGUUUUCUACAAAUGUUAAAGCCAAAUGAGCCGUCCUACAGUGUGAAAUCCUCAGGUGACGCCCUGCUGGUCGUUCCAAAGUAGAGGCUCAGAUCUUAAGGAGAUGAAGCUUUUUGUAACACUGUAGAAUCAACGGCAUCUUUUCACUCACGUUUACAGACUUGCUUUUAUGUGAAUUAACGUUUUAAUUACUUUUCAACUGGAACUUAUUGACUUUGAUCUAAAAACUCCUAUUUUAAUGCUUCUGUUUUAGCCGUUUGUUUGAGAGUCCUCACUUGAUCCCCUACCGUGCUGCCCUUGAUCACAUUAACUUCAUUUAUUUACUCGUUCAUUUAUUUAUUAUUAGUUUUUGUUGUUUUUUUUGUACCUCACGGCCCCUUAUCUUUUAAUCUGUUUUUCUUCUGAUAUGAUAUCAUUUAUCUUUUUACCCUUCACCUUUUCUUUCUCCUUUCCUGUUCACUUUAUUCCUUUUUUCUUCUCCAGGGAAUCUUUAUUGCCUCCUCUACAGCUCAUGAUUUAUUUCUUCUAUGCAGUCAUAAUUGUUGUUUACUUUGUUUUGGGAGUACAGUUUCCAGGUCUAGAGUAGGUGCUAAUGCUGGGACAAACUAUUUUUAUUAUUUUUUCAGUUACUUUGUAAAACACCAUCGAACUAAAGCAAUAUAAAUUCAAUAUAAAAUCCACAGAGCAUUUUAAAGCAGAGUUAACGGUCUCUUUUAAAAGAUGCAAAAGGACAGCAGGACACCUUGCCUCGCAACACUGGGGACCUGUGAGAGGUACACUGAAAUCAAAGAUGCUCCUUAAUUCCUGGUCAUUUAGUCAAAUCAAAUAGACAUUUGUUUGUUUUUUUAUUUACCUGGGAUCCUUCACUUGAUGGAGAGUUUUAAAGUGUAAGGUUUCCAGCGCUGUAAAGUUUGUCACUUUCACCCAAACGUGUUACAUUGUUUGUUACUAGUUUGGACAACCCUAACUCUCUCUUAUGUUGAUUUUUAAUCCUAACUCCCUCCAAAAUUCCGCAAACUUGGCAAAAGACUUCAGCUGUCCUCGUGGAUUAUGGUUUACCGAUGUGUCAACUUGUGUGUAGCCUCAGGUCAUUUGCUCCGUACCUGAGCUGAGCCGUGAAUGCGCUGCUCAGGGUCGCUGUUGUUCACUCAUUUGAAUCCUCCCCGAACACACUCAGUUUCUUUCCGCCCUCGGCAAAUACAACUUCACUGACAGGACGGAUCGAUUCCAAACUCCACAAAGUUUGAAAACAGAGGAGUGUGGAUGUCUCUCUGCCACGUCCACUACAAACAGAGCUGUGAACAGCUCUCAGGAGGCAGACUGCAAGUCAACAUUUAGCCUACACUGUGAACAUGAGCCAAAAAGAGAGUCAGAGAGAGAGGAGCUGCCAGAUAAAAAUUCCAUAGUGUGAUUUUCUUCCUCAGUGUGUUUGAUAGUUCUCAGUCCAAAAGAAUUAAUAUUCAAGAAUCAUCAACACCCUCCAAACCCCUCUGCCUUUGCUGCAACUACCCUUUGAUGGGGAUAAAGGUUUCUGUUGCUGGGAUAGAUGAGGAGGUUGGCGAGGCUCUGCAGUUUUUGUUGCCCCAUUGUUUGUCCAAAGUUCAACCAAAUAACUCAAGAAAACACCUCAUUUUACUGGAAUGAAAUGUCCAAAUACCGUUGUGUCGUGUCAUCAGUUGACUUGUUUAAAUUUAGUUGAUUACGUCUCCCAUUUAGACUGGAUAACUGUGUAAAGUCUUAACUUAAGAAUAAGAAUAAGAAGAACUUUAUUAAUCCCUAAAGGGAAAUUCAAUAACUAUAAACAAUAACUUAAACAAUUAACAAUAACUUAAACAAUUAACAAUAACUUAAAGCUUAAGACAAAUAGAGAUUGUUUGAUGUACUGUCUGUACUUGUUUGUCCUCAGGGGGCGUUAAAGUCAACAAAAGCAAAAGUUGCUCCCAAUAGCUUUCAUGUUGCUGUUGUCCAAAUAAAUGUCUCUGAAAGAACAUCACAUUUCAGCUUAGUGAAUAACCAAUAAUUAAAUUCAAAUAGUCCAAACUAUCUCUUGUACUUGAUAAAAAAUGACAUCUUCAUUUUUGGAGUCUCAUGAAUUUUAAUGUCUUCCUUUCAAGCUAACAAUCUAAUAAUGGCACAGUGUGCGAUCGAGAAAAUGAAGUGUAGGCAGUCGAGGUUUGCCAGCAAAUUGGGCCAAUGCAGCAAAAUAAUUUUUAUAAUUACUGAUUUGAUUUGAAUUCGUGCCCAUCUUUAAUUUUCCAAAGCGGUACAAGCUUUGUUGAGCAGCUUUCUUUACUGAAGGAACAACUCCAAAUAAUACAGAGAGUGAAGUUUGAAAACAGGUGCGGAUAUUUGAAUUUAUGAAGAUUGAAUAACAAUUAUGAAUCAUCAUUUGUGAUUUUUCUUUUAAUGGGAAAUUUAACUGCAGCUACAUAAGGUCAGCUUGUGCUGCUGUGAUGCCCCUAACAAACCUCUAAAAGUGACACCUCACUGUGGUUGUUUGCUCGUUUUGAACCUAAACAGCACAGACAAAUGAGCUACAUGCUGUAACCUGUGAGAGGGACCGCAGGAGGUUCAUAAUUACGUCGACCUCUCGCCUGCAGGGACGUCUGCUCAUGUUUUGACAGACAUUCCAAGCCUGUUGAAGGAUGCACUGUGAGACGUCUCUCCCUCCUCUGUUUGUCUUCAUUACCUCUCAUUUUUCAUGUCAUCGCAGCCUUAUGCAAACUCAUUGAAAACUUUCAGUUGCUGCCUGUGGGAAAGAAAAACUUUUGUUUUUCUGACAACUUGUCAGCAAUCAAGGCUUGUCAGUAUUGAGGAAGUUUUUUUUCCAGUUAGAGCUGACUAAACAAGAUUAUACUUAGUUACCACUCAGUGUUUUGCCUCAAUCCUUUUUAAAGAUCUCCCUGCACAAUGGCAGUAAUGCUGUGUGGUGUUGCAGCUUUCAGGAGAGUUCAGCAGAAUAUUUCCACUGACAGAGAGAGGACUGUGAUUUCAGCUUUCUCUCCUGUUAUUAAUUACUGUCAACACUUUGCAAAGAUGUGCCAGAGUUCAUUUCCUCAUGUUUUGCUCCAUAGAUUUCCAUGAUGAAGGACAUAUGGUCAGAUGGUAGCUUUUCUGCACCACUGCAUACACUUCAUAGUGCCAACGAGCCAUUUCAAAUUUCAAUUAUGGGAUGAGCCAUUGCAAGUUCCCCUGUAGAAAUCCAUGCCAAAGUAAAACCAAAGUCCUGCCAGCUAAAUAUUGUGGCUAUUCAAGAAGAAAGGGGUUUACUGCCAGAGUCCUGUCACAUAAAAACGGUAUUGAAGGUGAUUUAAACUCUAUGGAAAGAAAUGAAUCAUUCUGUGUCACCCUGCAGAAUUUGUUGUCAUGCAAAGUGAAAUGACAACUUUAUUUAAAUGAAACCGUUUUCAUUUUAAAAACGGUCUCUUCUGUGUUGACAAAACAGCCCGCACCUUCAAUAAUCAUAAAAAAACAAAAGAAAAUUGGCAUGUUUUCCAAUAUCGCCUUACCGGCUCUUUCUCCCCCCACUGCUGACUUCACUUAUUUUUUGGUAGAAUCUUACUGCUGGGUCCCUCCGCCAUACAAAAGGCUAAUCCAGCAAAGCCUCGUGCAUCGUUGGUGUCACUUUGGUUUUUUUCCUUACAAGUUGAGCCCAAACACACUAUAUGCUUCUGGAGAGUAACAACAGAAACGAUAUGUGACAUUUUAAAGAUCCACUUCGAUAAAAAAUCAUGUUUUUCUUGUUGUCUACAUGUUCAUAUGGCAUCUCUCUGAUGCUGCAGGACCUAUCAUGAGAAAACUAAGUGCAAAAUUGCAUUUCUGCGAAUUUCUGCAUUCAAAUCUCUGUGAACCGCUCAGCAGGCUAGACUCUGAGAAGUAGAGAGGACGAUAAAGAACAAGCGUGUGCGAUAGUAGAUAGCAAUGCUCGUAAGAAAGCUAAUUAUGAUACUAGCUUUUAUCAUACCUCCAAAGACAUUAGUGUCCAAGAGCUGAACAAGCGCCUAUGUUACCUGCCACUUCUAAUACACUGGCAAUGUUAGGCUACAUUUUAGCGUAAAGAGGAGGGUGCAGAGCAGCGCUGUCGCCGCCCUAUGACUCAGAGGCGAAUUGCUAGUGAGCUUCUGAAGCUUUGCAGAAGAAAAGACCUUGAAAAUAACACCAGUAACAUGAUUUUGGCUAAAAACCUCAUAAUCACAAUUUAAGACCACUGAAAACUACUUUGAUAUUCGCAUAUGUGAUUUAGUAUCUUGCACUUGUGUUUUAUUAUAUGGUGUGUGCGAUUUUGUGUCUUGUGGGUGCGUUUUAUAUGUAUCUCGUACAUGCCUCUUAUUUGUAUCUUGCGCAUGCUUUUUUGUAAAUAGUUCUCAUUUGUGAGAGAUUUUAGGUAUUUAAUUCAGCUAUGACUCACAAAGACAUACUUUUUAGCUUAGCCACAUUUAGUAUUGUUUAGAGAAGGAGACACCUCAUCAGGAUCCUCAAAGCACAGCCAAUAUGCAAUGUUCGGACUGGCAGGAAGUGAUUUUGUUCAUUAACGAACAGUUAAAUCGCACCUGUGAUAUAAUAAAACAUAUGUGCGUAUAAAAAAAAAAAAAGUUAAUGUCACCUCCCCCAGUGCAGUGCUUUUUUUUUUGCACUUUAAGUAGUGCAAAAAAAAAAAAAAACAGAGUGGGACUUAAAGGCAUGAUUAGGGAAAGGGAUUGAUCGUUGCAUCUCAAGUUAUAAAUGUUUAGCUGUAUAAGCUUUCAGAUUGGGCUGCCAAAUAAGUGUUUGAUCAUAUAAAAAUGCUGGAUUGACAAAUUACAAAAUGAAGAAGAUGAUAAGGAAGAAGUUGAAACAGAAGACAUACUGUACUUAAUCCCCUAGGGUAAAUUCAGUUUUUACUCUGUUAUUUGGCAUACAGCACACACAGGCUGAAAAAAUAUAUAUACUUGCACAAACAGGAUCCCACGGGCAUCCACUAGUGAAGUAAUGACAGAGAGAGUGGGCUGCACUCAGACGCGCACACUGAGCACUUAGGGGUUUGUGCCCUGCUCAAGGACACCUCUCCAGCCUUCAGUCCAUUUUCCACUCUUUGGUGUGUACUGGACUUGUAGUCGAGCAGAUGACCUUAUAGCUUCCUUCUGCUCCCAUUAAUUGAACAGUUGAAAUGCAAUGAAUGAAAUAUGAAGAGAAAAAGAAUUUAAAUUAUGUUUACUUUGACAAUUGUAUAAAGCAACAUUUCAAUCCAUCACUCGCACUGGCCAAGCAUUCACACCAUUUGGCCGUAAAUUAAACCCCAGCAGGCAGCCAGCUAUCCACAGAAUAAAUAGAGUGAACUCGGUAGCAGCUGCAAUGGUAGUGCAAGCAAUAGCUGGGGAAGCAGAGAAGAGAGAGGAAAUGAAAAUGACAAAGACCUUCUGUUGAAAAGAACAACGUCACUGCUAUUUGGAAUUUAUUUUCGACUCAAGACAGCCAUCCUGUUACACCAUUGGAACUGUAAAAAAAAACACCUACAGAGCUGCAGAGAGACACAGGAACUGUAAAUCCUAAGGGCUCAUGCUGUGUUUGUGGGCAGGGAUUGUUAAGUUACUGCUAAUAUUUCAUAUACACAUUUAUUUAAUUAAUGUUGAUAAUGUUAUUUAAGUAAUGUUAUAUAUCAUCUUAAUGUCUGAGAGCAGUCUGUAAGCUGUGUUUUCGCGACUAGCUCACUGAGAUGUUAGUCGAUGGAACUACUUGUACUUGAAAUGGGAACAAGAACACCUCCAAUCACUCCUUCCUGCAGCUGUUAGACUCCACAACAAAAACCUCAGUGUGUGAUAAACCAAAUUCAUCUGUGUACUCUGUGCACAUGUAUGUAUAUUCUGUGUAUAUAGUCAUACAUAUAAAUAUCUCCAAUUUUGCAGCUGUAAUAUAUCCAACAUGUACAUAACAGCUUUCUUUCUUCUUUCUUCUUUAUUUAUCUCAAACUUUAAGAACAACAACAAAGAAUAAAGAACUAGAAACAAAAACAUUUGGCAAAAUAAUACAUAUGUACACCAAACAACUGUACAUGUCGAAGAUAAAUUUACACUAACAUAUGUAAAAACAAACAGUUUGAGAAGGAACAGAAUGAAACAAAGAGCUUUAACAACAGCUGUAAACAACACUUGUAAAAUAUAUCCAUAUAUCUUUUUUUAACUCCUAAGUUUCUUCAUCCUUUAAUUUCUCUUGCUGCUGUAAAUUUGGUAUUUAACCCUGUGGGACUAAUAAAGGAAUAUCUUAUCUUACAACAAAAUCUGGUCCUGUGUUUACAUGUUCCACUUUUUUAAUGCGAAAUCUUUAAACAGUAAAAAUGAGUAAUAAUGUUCUGUACUGUAGACAUGCUUUUGUUUUGUAUAAAAGAAAAUGUAAGAUUUGAAGUGAGGAUUGAGGAUUGAGGUGAGGUUUUUUCCCCGCUGUUCCUUUAUAUCAGUACUAGGGUUGGGUAUCGAGAAUCGAGAAUCGAUGGGAAUCGAGACUAAAACUUCGAUUCUUCUGGUAUCGUUCAAAUAUUAAAAUUUCGAUUCCAAGUUUCGAUGCCGGAGUCCGCCGACCGGAAGAAAUAGCCGCCGAAAAUCAACGAAGAAGAAGCCGCUUAACACCAACGAGGACGGAGCGUAUGAGACGAAGCCACACAGAAAGUGAAGAGAGACAGAGAGAGAAAGUACAUUGCAACCCACAGCAAUGCAGCCGCUGUGGGUUACAAUGUAAUCUCUCUCUGUCUCUCUCCUCUCUCGGUGUGACUUCGUCUCAUACGCUCCGUCCUCGUUGGUGUUCGGCAGCUUCUUCUUCGUUGGUCAAAAGUUUGGCUAACUUUAGCAGGAAGAAUGAGCUCUUAUCUCAAUGCAACAUUAGCAAUACAGUUAUAUCAUGCAAAGGAGGGUAAACGACAAACAUGAUUAAACACCUCAGGAUUCAUGGAGGAGAAAUACCCAAGUGCUCGUCUUUGACGCGCUUCGCCGGUGUUAUGCCGUAGAAUGCACCCCUGCUGUUGAAUUCACCCCUGACGGGAGCGCGGUUGAAAGUACACAACAAGGCGAAACAAUCCAAGUUUUUCUUACCGUUGAACGGAAUCUAAAGCGUGUGCCUUUAAUGAUUUCAUUCAGGCUAUUCAGAUAUGCCGAAAAAAAUAGCCCUCUGAUUCUGAAUAUUUACUGUCCGGAAAAUAUAAUGUUCUCUACAUUAACAGCUUACUGUACAGUUUAUAUACCCAAGUACACCUCUAUGUGUGCGUUUCUGAGACACAGAAAAACAAAACGAAAGUUUACUGCUCCAUUUGACGUGUUGUCAUGAUCUAAUACUCGUGUUUUUUUAAAUAUGAGAUCAUUGUCUUCCACUUUAAGAAGCUAAUCAGUGGAGGGGAGGCAUUCUACGGCAGGGGUGCAUUCUACAGCACAACACCUGUCUUCCGCUAACCAGUCAGGAUCAGAUAAGUGAAACAAUAAAUGACUUCUGUCCUCUGCUAACUUUGAAGCGGUAAACAAAUUGCACUGAGUACGGUGGGUCAACUUAAAUAUCCAACUAACGUUAGCCCUUGUGCUUUUUCAUAGACAAACGACCUGACAACAAAAAAUGAUAUUUAUAUACUGAUUGAAAAUAGCCCUGUGAGAAAUUCAUAGUAAAGUUCCUAAAAAGUUAAUAUGAUUUAAAAAUUCAUGGAGAAGUUCAGAAAUUACAUCCAAAAAGAAGAGCUCCGGUUAGCGCCCUCAUUCAAACCAUGCUUUUUUUUUUAAGGUUAUCCUGCCUUUUAAAAGAAUCGAAAUAAAGAAUCGAUAGGAAUCGAAUUCGAAAUGAGGAAUCGAAAUCGGAAUCGGAAUCGUUCAAAAUCAAACGAUACCCAACCCUAAUCAGUACUAUUAUACGGUGUGUGCCAUGUGCUGGAGUCCGUGCUGGAGUCCGUUGCUUGUUUCAUUUGCACACACACUGGUCAAAAUGUCAGUAAUAGAUUUUACCCUUUAUUGCCAAGCUCCAAGCAUUGUGUUUAUAAUGUGGUAAGGAGCACUUUUAUUUUGGUUGGUCAGAUUGCUCCUCCUGGAACCUAUGUGUGCACUUCGCAGCACUUAGAGAAACAGCACUCUGCACUCCUGGAGUCAUAUAAAGGAAAUACAGCAGGCUUUCUUACACCCGGCAGUUUAACAAGCACCAUGAUUGCAUUAGCUGGCCUUUCCUUGGUGCAUGGUACUUUAACAUACCUGGACUACUUAUGGCUUAAGUUGACGUAUGAAUUCAGUGUUUUAUUUUGCAGCUGUAAAACACUUGUGCUGCUGCGGUACAUUGUUUCCAUAGGUUUGUUUUCCAUUGGUGAGUUAGAUUUCGUCUAACCUCUCCAGUCUUGCGAACAGCUCCCACACCACCCAUGUGCUUGUUUUUAAUGACUCAAACACUGUAUUGUUCUGAGCUGCUGCUGAGACUAAAAAACACUUCUAUUGUUCCUAAAGAAGAGGACAGCCAACCUGCUCCUUUCUGAACUGAAGCGCUCAUAUAUUCAUGAGAUCCAGAAGAACAUAAUGAUCCAUAACACCUUUCUGCUUCUAUUUCACUUCCUGGAAGACUUGAACACAGAUAAUGCGCCCACAUGCUUAUGUGAGCAAACACAUACGGGGUGCUUUUCCUUGAAUAUCGCACCAUUACAUCCACUCUGCUUCACUAUAAGAAACUAGAUGCAAAGCGUUUCUCCAUUAAACAAAUGUAGUUCAACUUGAAUAAAAUGUUCCCUUAUCUCCUGCAAGAAAUACUUUCCACACUCUCUGAUUUAUUGAUCUGCUUUUGCUGUUUUGUUUUAAUUGAAUUGCUAUGAGAAUGAAAAAGAUAGCUUCUGAAAAAUAAAUAGGGAUUGUUUUUUUAAUCCUGGAAGGGCACAAACAGAUAGAUUAGUUUGACUAACAAUAAGUGAAUAUACUGUACAUGGACUGUGAAAUGUAGUACUUUCUUUAGGAUGCUGUAUCCACUGCCAUCAGACUUUAGGAUUCUUUGACAAACAGAUGACAUGAGACUCCAGACAAAUGAAUUUCCUUUUGGGGAUAAAGAAAGUUCUUAUAUUUUAUUGUAUUGUAUUUACUGCCAAUGUUAUGACAACUUUAUCAACCAACAUUAACAUACGAAGCAUUUUACAUUCUUGCUUAAGACUACAAGAGAACUCUUAGGUGACACUUUGCAGCAUACACUGAUCAGUCAUCACAAGAUAAACUGAGGAGGCUCCUCUCUCAUCAAGUCAAGGUCAAAACAUCUCUGAGACACGGUCUGCACCAGACCUCUGAAGGUGUGAUGUGGUAUCAGGCCCCACGAUAUUUGCAGCAGAUCCCUUAGGUUCUGUAAUUUGAGAGGCUUGGCCUCCAUGGAUUUGACCCGGUUACCCAGCACAUCCCACAGAUCCUCACUUAGAUUGAGACCUUGGGAAUUUUGAUGCCAAGUCAACACUGUCAAGCUUCAAAGGCAACAAACUGGGAUGUGCUGUUUGUUCGGACACCUUUCUACCAGAACUAGCCUGAACUUUUCCAGCUACAGUAGAUCUGAGCUACAUUGGCCCUUGUGUUGGAUCAGACAACAGUCUUUGGUCUAUUAAUGAACCUUGUCCAUGACCUUGCCAGGUUCAGGUUCACUGAUUCCCUUGUUUUCCUUCCUUGGACCACCUUUGAACUGCUGAAGCCCCAAAAAACCACAAGAGCUGCAGUUUUUGAGAGUAUUUGACGAAGUUGCCCAGCCUAUGCCAAAUUUCUUUAUAUUCUCACUUGCUACAAAGACUCAACAUCAAGGCAGGAUAAGACUGAGUUCCAUCUUUGAAGAUCAGAACCACUAUCUUGUCUUGAUCCACCAUAAGCAAAACACUUUGGCAAGGAAAAACUUCAUAACAGGCAGAAACUUCAGGAAAAAACAGACUUUUGUUUGGCAGUCGUUCGCCGUUACUGUGUUGAGUUUGGCAAGAAGAUAGAGGAGAUGAAGUAAGACAAAUAUGGAUAGAGACAACCAACAACAACAGUUUAUAAUCAGUAUAAUCAAUGCUAUUCAGUCCAUCUGCUAAUGGUCAUGAUUGAAUUUGUUAUUACAUUUAAAGAUUAUUCAAUUCUAGUACAAAGAAUAUUGAAAUCAGCCAUCAAACUUUAAAUGACAUUAAUUUAAUAUGCAUACCAUAGUCCCUCACUGUGCUUUUUCACCAAGUCACAAGAACUUCGUAUGUGUACAGGAUUAUCUUUUCAGAGACCUCUCAGGCUUGCUAUCUUCUUACAUGGCAUUCAGUGACACCGCGUUUCUUGGUGGUGGACAGAUGACACCGUCUGGGAUGUCUGCUGUAAACACGUCUGGAGAGUUUCCACCUAAAGGAAUGUGUUUCCUCCUCAGCUGUAAAACACUUCACACUAACUAGCAGCCAACAUACAUACUGUAUGGAGGAUCCCGGACACUUCCAGGGCAGAGUGACUCUGGUGAACUCUGUAAUGGUGGAAAUAACCGGCUUAAUCUGCAGUACAAGAGCUGCUAUUUUAUCUUAUAUUUUGUUUAAAAAAAAGUACUAGUUUUCAUUAAUAACAGGCUGAGCGCAACUGUGAUUUAAAUCCUCUUGGCAAGAAGCUUUCUCUAUAUUUUGACAAGCAUGGAAAUAACUUUUCCAAAGCAAUCAUAAAAGCAGAAUAAUUCAAUAAAAAAUAUAAAGUUGUACAUUGAAAGCCAUUAUCUAAAUCUGAAUCUCAGUCAUGUUUGCUCUUUACACCAGCAUGUCCUCUGAGAGAUGUUAGCUGCCAGAUUCUGCAGAGCCCAGACAGAGCCCCCCCGUGCCACUGCGCUCUUUACAUUCUAAUCUGUGAGAUGGACCUGCGUGAUAAGGCCCCGAGCACUCUGCAGCAUCAGGGAAUAAGGAAGAGAUCAGGGCUUGAUGCCAGCAGCAGGGGGACUGUUAGGUAGUUGUUUUUUUGUGUGUGCAGAAGACACAGACACUAAUGGAUCCUCAGUCUUCUUCGUCAUAACUCAGCCAUCGCAUGUUUUCUCCCGGCUGAGCAUUUUGAAAUGUCAAGGUAGACUAAACCUGUUUGAAAAACAUAAAAACUUUCUGUCAUCUGUGGCUUUUAUCCAGCAGUUCUCUGGGGGGGAUGAUGUGUUCGCCCCUGCACAUGAACGCCACAGACAUCAGUUUACUCCGCUUUCAACUUGAAUCAGCCAGUAAAAAAGAGGUUAAACACUGACCUUUUGUUGCAGAAAACACCUGAGACCCACCAGAUACAAAAAAAAAACUGACUGUUUUUCCAAAGUCUUUUAAUUUGCUAACAAGAAGAAAGACAUGAAUUUAGCUUACCUGUGUGUGAAAUGAAAAAUUCACUUGAAAAAGUUGACGUAUGAAUUCAGUUAACAUAAACAGGUGUGGUGCUGAUCUGUUUAAAGAUUUAAAAACAAAGUACAAUUUUUAAAUAAUUCUAAAAUGAACGGGAAGCCAAUGGAGGGAUGCCAGAUAUAGGGUAAUGUGACCAUGUUUUCGUUUACCUGUUAAAAGACAAGCAGCAGCAUUUUGGACUAACCGUAAGCGUGUGAGGGAAGCCUGAUUAACACCGACGUAGAGAGCAUUACAGUAGUCCAACCGUGUGGAAGUAAAAGCAUGAAUUAUUCGCUCAAAAUUAUUAAAAGAUAAAACCGAUGUAAUCUUGGAUAAAAGCCUCAGAUAAAAACUGAAUUUAGCAACAGAGUUAAUUUGUUGUUCCAAUUUAAAAUCAUUGUCAACUUUUACACCAAGAUGUAAAAACUUGGGUUUCAAAUAAGAUACAAGAGGGUCCAGCUCCCUGAGAGGUGUCUCCUGGGCCCCACUGGAGCCGAAGAUGAUUAGUUCUGUUUUCUUUUCAAUGAAAUUUAAAAAGCUCAAGGCCAUCCAGUCCUUUAAGUCUUUAAAACAAUCUAGCAGACGUUUUAGAGAGCUACCAUCAUUUCUCUUUAUUGGGAGGUAGAUCUGAGUGUCGUCUACAUACAGAUGGUAAGAUAUCCCAUGCUUUUUAGGAAUCAAGUCAAGAGGGAGGAGAUAUAGGGAGAACAGGAUGGGACCAAGAAUAGAGCCUUGGGGUACUCCACCGGCAAAGGGGGCACAAGAAGAGAUACAGUCACCAACAUUGACUUUAAAACACCUCAGACAAGUAGGACUUGAACCAGUUAAGAGCUGUACCUGUUAACCCAACACAGCGUUCAAGGCAAGCAAUGAGAGUUGUGUGAUCCACUAUAUCAAAUGCAGCUGUUAGGUCUAAAAGCAUUAAAAGAGCUGAGUUGCCAGAGUCAGUAGUCAGAACAAGAUCAUUAAAAACCCAUAAAAGUGCAGACUCAGCGCUGUAAAAUGACUUAAAACCCGACUGAAAAAUGUCAACAAUGUCAAGAACACUAACCAAUCCACUGUUGAGCUUCUGUUCGGAUGCACACUAUAGUUUUGGUCUUUGUUUUGUUUUAGUUUUUGUUACUUUUUUCUUUCAACUGUUGAUUGGAUGAAAUCGUCCCACUUGCUGCUUGCACAAAUUGCCAUGUUCCAGGAAUUCAAACCAAUCGAAAAGGCAGAUUGCUCCUCUAGAUAAACAUAUAAAUAUCACAAAAUUUUCGAGGUAGCUGAAUUUUGAAUUGCAGUUAGGAGUGAAGAAAAUUUACAAUUGUCCUCACUUCUUGGUGGAUUUAUUGGUUUAGUUUGUUGGAGGAAGCAAGAAAAGAUUUUUUUAUCCAGUAAGGUUUGGCCAAAGAAUGUUUGUCUGUGUGCCACAUAAAUUGAAUAAUAUAUGUAGGUGGAUUAAAAUUGCCAAGUCUGUGUUUGAAACUUUCUUGUAUUUUCUGAUAACCUGUUACAUGGUCUCAGAUUUAUGGCCAACUCUUCUAAAUUUGGAGCAGGGCAGCAGGAGUAUCUGCACUUAACUAUUACCAGACUUGCUGUUAUAAAAGACAAUGCCUAAUUAAAAUCUCAAGCUCAUUCCCAGUUCUUACUUACAGAACGGUUCAUGAUAAUGACAGAGUAGGAGAGUUAAUGUCCACCUGUCAGAAAAUCUUUUGUCAGCAGAUCAUUUGGACCACGCUUGGUGACGGUUUAGGGCUGAUUGGUGUUUUACUGGUGAUAGUUGCUUUUAUUUUUAAAGGGGCAGAGAGACAGUCGGGACAAAUGAGGAAAAAAUGGGUGGGGAAAACCUCCCCGUGCAGAUAGGCUUCUUUCUUUUACCAUGAAUGAAUUACAUGGUCUGUGAUUGUUUUCGUCUUGUGAGUUAGAGCUUGUAUCGAACUUUUAAAAGUUGUUGUUGAAACUAUUCUGUGAAGUUUGAGCUGCUAAGCUUCAUUCAGAUACAUGAUUGUUGAAGAUGAUGAUAUUCUGUAUGUCAUAACAUAACUUAUCUUCAUGAUAGGACAGUCCUUGUAUAAGAAGACAGGGCCAUAUUGAUAAAGCUUUUUAUGCUCUGAGGACUUAGGCUGAGAUAUUAAGAAGUGAGUUAUUACAGAUGUAUUCAGUUCAUUUCACAAUAUACAUGUACCACCCAUUAAAAAAAAACUUUUGUUACUAAAAUUGAUGUCUUAUAUUGUCCAUCCAACAGAAUGGGAAGUUUAAACCUUUGCCUUCCUAAAGAUUGAAGCUCUGCUGGAAGAUUUCUUCGUAGGUGUCUUUCCUCGGUAGCUUACCCCUAAGCCAAAGGUCAAAGUCCCAUAUAGAGUCAGUCUUACACAAGAAAAUAGUCUUAAAAUUCUGAAUUCUGUAUUUUUGUCUCUAUCUUUGGAUGCAGUAAAGGAAUAUACUGGUACAUUAACUCAUACUCAUACUAAUGCAUGUAACAGCUACUGCAGAUCAGCUCAUUAUUGGUUCAUUAAGUGUUAAACAUUUAUCAGACACUGAGUUUAUUCACACUUUUAGCUGUACUUACACAGUGAGAGAUAAACUUGAAAAUGGAUUUUUAAGCUGAUGUCAGUCAAUUUGAUUGUAAAAACAGUUUAACUACCUUUUGUUUCCUCAAAAAAGAUGUUACGCUCCUUAAAUGAAAGGACUUUUAGUGCAGGGAUAGCCAUUUGCUUUUUGGGUUAACAGUGUUAAAGUUAAUUUUUUGUGCUCUUACACCUGGAAAUGUCCAACAGUCUCGAAGAUAAUUUUCUCUGCGUUGUCUAUUGGCUUUUUAACCUUGACGUAUACUCUCUCUUGCUCAUGUGAAAUUGGCUAAAUCGGACUCAGUUACUGCAACCAAGGGCAUGAACUGUAAAGACCUUCCUCACUUCCUCUCUUACACCCCUGAGACAACAUUUUCAAAUGAAGCUACAAACAAAGAAGUAGUUAAGCUUGUCUGCUGCCACCCACUCAGUUUUUCUAGCUCAUCAGUUUCAUCUCAAGCUAAGUGAAGGGCUGUCACCAAACAAAGUCUGCUUUAGUCCUAAAAGUCCAUCACACACUCAGGACUUCACUCUAAUUAUACAUUUCAAAACACUAAAACCUGUUGACCUUCUUUUGCACUUCAUUGUUUUGUUCUGGUUUGCAUUUCCUUAAAACUUAUGAUAGAUCUACGGUAUGGUCUGAUGUAGACAACUCCAUUUUCCUUCUGUGGUCUAAGGCAUAAAACAGGAAUUGCCCACUCUCUACCUCUUCAUCAUUGAAGCAAUACAUCUACAAAUUUGGAGUGAAAGUUUGCAGGAUAUUUAGCAAAAAAAUGUAAAUAAGCAAUGGAAAAAUAAGCUAUUCCUAGAUAAGAUUUUGCACAAAACCUUUUUAUCAUAAACAGCUAUAGGAUCAAUCACAUGGCAACAUGAAUACAGACGUAGUCUCUUGCAAUGAGUCCAAACACAGUUAGCACUUCAUUUUAAAAACAAAACAACUGAUUAAAAUUGUGCUGUAGCAUUAAGAGCUACUCUAGACCUGGAAAUUAUAUCCCGUUUCCUGACUAUAACUGGCUGAUGAAGAAGUGACAUUGAUAGACACAGUGGUGUCCCAAAAGAGAGCGCUACAAAAACAAAAAAACAGCUGUCACUGAGGGAGCUGAGUGCUGAAAUCAAUUAACUGAGUGGGAUUACAAAAUAGGCGGUACUAAGAGAAAAAGAUGUCAAUGUACACAGGCCCUCACCAAGUCUUUCAGAUGAUUGUUUUGAUAAAAAAAGAAAAAAGAAAGCUCACACAACUUAUUUUUGGUUUAGUUUCACACUGCAGUAGGCUGUUUUAGAGCUAAAACCAUUCACCGUAUACAGCCCACGCCUCUUGACUGUAAAAAUAUUAUAACAUUUAGUCUGUAGCAUUAAACAGUCAAUAAUAAUAAUAACUUUAUCUUUAAAGCACUUUUAAAAACAGAAGUUUACAAAGUAGUCAAAAAGCAUGUGGAAAUAAAGACAAAUAAAAACAAAAAGCUCAGUUAAAAUGGAAAUGAGGGUCAUUUUCAUGUGUCAUAAAGAACCCAGAUGAGAUCCUAUCUCUCAGAAAUAAGUGGAGACCAAAAGCAGAGCUGAAGGUUGUUAAGUAUUGGACUUACAUUAAUCACAAAAACAGAAGCUUGACUCCAAAUAAAUAAGAAGAAUGAAAAUAGCCCAGUGUUUACUAAAGAACUAGCUUAAUUUAACUGGUUGAAAAAAAUCAGGGUUGUGUCAAAGCUCUUACCCGCUGCCCUGAACUUGCCCUGUAAGUUUAUUUUGCCAUCCCUGUUCUCCACACCAAGCAACGGCUUAGAUACCUUUUCUAUUUCUGCCAUGUUGUCUUUUAUCACGCUCUGAAAUACAAUCUGCAAUUAAAAUCAUAAUGUGUGCUGCUGCAUCAAAAAGCCUCCAUACUAAAGCCCCUCUGGAGCUGCAGAUUCAUAGAAGAGCCUGCACCCAUGUGAAUAACUCUUCUAAAUGAAGCUCCGAGGCUUGCCAAUUACCUUCCUGCUGCUCCACUGUAUUUGAAUUCUUCCCUCACUUCCUUUAUUGUGUUCUCCUCUGAGCUGAGAUCUGCUCAAUAACAGACAGUGUGUGAGAAGGCCCCCUAUGAAAUGUCCUAUUCAUGUCACAAGAAUGAGAAGUCCCUCUUCCUCCCCUGUCGUCACGUACAAAGCAGCGUGAACAGGAAACGCAGAAAUAAUAUUUUAACGAUAAUCCAUUUGAGCGUGCACGAGCGUGUGACUCUGGGGUAAAUGAAACGCACAUCACUCUAGAUUUAUGGACCAGAGACGGCGUAGGCACAGUGCGUCGACGGCUCACUGCAGAACGAAGAGGCUGGAGACUGAGAUGUGCUUUGAGUUAAUGGGGUUCUUACUGCUCAACACAGCAGCACAAAGUUCUGAAGCAAAACAACCAGGACACUUGAGUUUGGUUCACAGGCUCGUUUUUGAUGAUGUUGAAAGAUGGUUUGCGCUCCCUUGUUGGCAAUUGGCUGGAAACAUGCUGAUGAGAGAGUGGAGGCUUUUUCAUCUGUGUGCUAUAACCAUUACCUGAAACAGCUGGUUGUAAAUCAAAAGUUUAGCAGUUACUGCUCGAGUAAGGGAGAAAAAAAGACUAGAAGUGAUGAGGAAAUGUAUCCUCCUAUUAAGGUUUGGUCUGUUUGACUUCAUUUUUAAUUUAGUUAAUUGUUUUUGCUGAUUUGUUAGAUUAUUUUGUUUGUGCUGCACUUAUUUUAUGAAGGUAUGUUUUUGGGCCUUUUUGUCCUUAUUGGAUAGGACAGCUGAAGAGAGAGAGGAACUGUGGGGAGGUGAGAGUGAGGGAGACAUGUAGCCAAGGGUCAAGGCUGGUAGUUGAACCAACAACUGCUGUGAUCAGGAUGAUCGCCUCCAUACCUGGGGUCUUUAAACUACAACUUUUAAACCAGAUGUUUAAAAAAAAAAAAGCCAAGUAUAACAGGCUGAAAGGCAGUCUUUAAUGAUCACAGUUGUAGUACUUAUUCAUCAUAAAACUGUAUGCUCAGCUCAUGGUAGCUGGAGUGCAUAUUACUUUUAACAUGUCAACCGGGUCGUCUGGGAGUUUUUCUAAUGACAUUUUUGGCUCCAAAGUGCAGUGGUGCUGUAUUUUUUUAAUUAAGGUUGCAGCAGGAAGCAGAAGAUGCCGUGGUGGAUUAACUUUAUCUUUUCGGUGUGCUCAAAGUGACAAAAUAGAAAAGAAAAAUAAUAUAUUGGAGAAAAAAAAUGCAUUAAAGCUCAUGUGAGGAGUUUCUGAUGGGCUAUGAAACAGACUGAAAUCAAGAGUAAGGUGUCUUUGUGAUGUACAAAAGUAAAUGAGACCCCUGAUGAAAAACUUGGCUGAAUUUAAUGCCUUUAACUGUAGUGCUGGGCAUAUUACAUGUUAAAAGUAAUAUGCACUCCAGCUACCAUGAGCUGAGCAUACAGUUUUAUGAUGAACAAGUACUACAACUCUGUGAUCAUUAAAGAUUGCCUGUUGCUUUUGCCACUUCAAAUAUUUACAGUGAGUGAUGCAUUUCAUUAAAAGAGACAAAAAGAGUAGAUUCUUUUGUCUCUUAAUAACACUUUGACAGGGAUGAUGGAGAGUGAGAAGACACUGGUAGAUCCACAGUGAACGUCUGUCUAAUAUCCAACCUAAAACUAACUUCACCGUGGUAUUUACAUGAAAAAACAUUUGUUGCCUUGGCUGAUUUUUUUCAUGCCCACAUGUGCCCCUAAAUACAUUUUACAAUUCGCACACAUCUAUCUUUAGUCGCAAAUGGGAGUGAUGCGAGCCCCGGAUGAGAUAAAGUCAAGAAUAAUAUUUGUCUUCAGGUGAUGCCCAACUCGACACAGGUAGAAAGUUCCUAACAGGAGCUUUAAAUUUAAGCCUUAGUAGCAUCAUAUGUGAUGGGUAAACCCCCAAAGCUCUAAAGUAUAACUCUACUUACCCUCUUACUAUUUAUUAUGAGUCAAGAUUGCCUCGUGUCAAAUGUGUUUUGUACUCUCAAACUUUUAUCUAAGUAAAAGGACGUUUAAGUGAAGGCUGGUGUGUUACAGCACAAUCGAUGGAAAUAGAUUACAAAAAGAUGAGCACGUCAAUGUUCACAUAGCCGAUCAAGAUAUACAAAAGUGACAUAAUGAGUCAUAAUGAUUCAUCCCUCUUCUCCUAUUUAUUUAUUUUUUUCGUCUGAAUCACUUAUACAGAAAAUGUAUCCCUGCUUGACCGCAGUCUUCUUUUGUUUUUCCUCUAACUGAGUUGUCUGACUCAUUACCUGCAAAAACAAAAACCUGUUGCUAAGUUCCCACUUUUAUUCUCUAAUGCAGUCCAACUUGUGCUCUGUUACAGGGAAAAUGUCAAAUAUCCGUGCCGUCAGGAAGAGGCAACAGCUGAAUAACUUGGUUGCCAUGGUUACAGAGCUAGCCAGGCCGGGCUACACCAUCGUGGAUUUCUGCAGUGGAACGGUGCGUGUGUUCAUCCAUCAGUCCAGCUAUGCACAUAUAUUAAUAACCGUGCCUGACCCCGGCUACAUCAGGCUGCUGCUCCAUUAGCAAGCAGCUGUAACGAGCUAGUGUUUCUCUUUUUUUUCUUUCCUUUUUAAAUAUCUUUUGUUGUAGGCCAGAUACACAGGCUGACUGGUAAUUACACUCAUGAAAGUGCACGCCAUGAGCGGUGGCUGUGCAUGGCUAAAAGGUCAAUUCUUGGUAGGAAAGGGCAGCGCUAAUCAUCACUCUAUUGAUGUCCUCUUUGAUGUGUGCUGUUUCCCCAUUGUGCAUUCUGAUUCUGGUUUCUCUCUCUUCAUUUUGGCUCUCCUAGGGGCACGUAGGAAUUGUUCUGGCUCACGCACUACCACACUGCCAGGUAACAUGUGUUUGUGUCGAUGAGGUCAUGUGAGAGUGGUUGUUGACAGUCAUGAUUUUUUUAACCCACUAUGCCGUUUUCAUUAUGUUUGAUGCUAACAGGCAGUUUAACUCAGUGUGUGUUUCACCUGGGUGGAAAUCAGUGUUUUUAAACUGGGUCAUACUUGAAAUCUGUUACUGCUCAGUUCAGGCAAUCUAAAAUAGAAGCAGUUUAUUGCAGAUUUGUAUAAUUUCUGUGUGUGUAUUGAAGGUCCUCCUGAUCGAGAACAAGGAGGAGUCGCUGGUCAGAGCCCAGAGCCGCAGUGCCGAGCUCGGCCUGGAAAACAUUGGCUUCAUCCAGGCCAAUCUGGACUACUUUACUGGACCAUUUCAAGUCGGGGUGAGCACAAUAAAUACCACACAAAAGGGUCUCCUUCUAAACUAUUUUCUACAUUUAUUUGGUAACUCACAAAUCCAGUACAUGAACAUGAAUCUGUUUCUACUUUUUAUCAUCAUCAUUUACAAUAAAAUAAAGGUAUAACUUCUUAAUUAUGGUAAAAGAAGGAAACAGAGAAAAGAGCUGAUCCACUGCAACAAAUUUGAAGAAAAUAAAGCAAUACUUGAUUUUUAUGUGUAGUUUAAAAGCAAAUCGGCAACUGAUUUGAUUUGCUUUGUGAGGGAGUAAAUGUAGUGCUCAUGUUUUACUUAAAUCUUAAGCUUUUCUGGGAAUUUUUCUGUCUGUCUUGGUUUUCUGUUCUGGAUAAAAAAGAACCUCUCACAUCUUUACUAGUUUUAUUCUGCACACAGGGAUGAGAUUGGAUAUGUACCUUUUUUUUAUAUCGCUUGCAUAAAAUCACAUUAUUAUGGCAGCUUGAGUCAUUCAGACAAAAGGCAUCAAACAAUGAAUAUUUCAGACAAACAGAUUAGGAGAUAUUGACAUUUACUUUGGAUGAAAAUAAAUCUUCAUAGUUCUCAACAAAAUAUAAAGAUAUAGAUGUAAAAAUGUAAGAGAAAUAUAUUUGUGCAAAUGACAAGUGUGUAGCUCACUGUCAGGAUCUGCAUAGGAAAAGUAAAAUAAGGUUGUCUCUUCAAAAUGCUGCAAAACUGUUUCAUCUAAAGCCUACCUCCUGGAAGUCACAGGGGUUAAAAAUUACUUCAGCAUAAAUGUCAUUUUCUGCAUUGAGGACCUCUUUCAGCUCUGUAGAUCACAAAGUGCCAUCACUGUAAACUUAAGCCUGUAUUAUACCCAAUGGAAAAAAAACCCUCACAGCGACUUCAUCUUUAAUUUUACAUCACAUUUUGGUGCAAACUAUAGAGAUUAAGGGAGUCAAACUGGUUUGCUUAAUUAAACCUCCUGUUUACAGGAGUAAUGUUAUUUUGUUUGUUCUUAAUUCUAAUUGUAUUUAACCAUAUUAUUCCGCAGAAACUAACCUUGUGCCUCUUUGGGUGAUGCUUUGAUUAAAAACAUGUCACUCCUAUCACAUUUCUUUUAACGUCUUUCCCCUCUAAUGUUACCGUCACAAUCAGCAGAAAGUAUUUUUGAGUCAUUUCAGAGUGAGAGAAUAUUUAAUCAAUUACUUAACCAAAAACAUGAUGACAGUAUUAUAGGCUGCAGGCAUGAACAGACGAAGUAAAGCAUAAGAUAAAAGAAAAGUAAGUUCUCCCACAGCAGUUUGUGAGAGCAUUUUAUCAAAACAUUUGCCUUUUUUUUUGCUUUCAUGACAAUUUUUCUCAGGUUUACAGGCUUUGACUCUGUUUACAGCCUUAUUUUAGUAUUGCAAAAUUCAAAUAUGACUGAAGUAAUUAAUCUAAUAAACUGGUGGCUUUUAUUAUUUCUGUGCUACAGUCGAGCACAAAUUCAAACAUAUUUGAUUAACAAAGCAGAAACAUAAAGUGACUUCCUAUUCCGCAACGAUCUCGGUCUGAACAUUUUCCCCAUAUUUCUUUCAAUUUUGGAAUAUUUCAGCCACACAUGACAUGCACAGACAUCCCAUUCCCACUCUUUAAAUGUCAAUGUGCAAUUAUUUUUGCCUUUGCUGCAAACGUGGCUUUUUGUUUCCUGGAGUGCAGCUCUAAAUCAGAUACCCUUUUAGUGCCCCAGACAUUUUCAAGUCUUGCAGUGUUUGUCGCUGUCCAGAUCUCUGAUUAUUGUGAAGCCAAAAGUCAGGUUCAUCCUGAAAAUAGAGGACAGAGGCAAUAUUGGAGUUAAGGACUCUCUUCACUGAGGAACUAUAAAAAGCUGGCAUGUCUUUGUUUAUUCUUUUUGACUUCAAAAAUCUGCCGUCUAAAGACUCUCUUGGUGUGCUUUCAAUAAACACUUCUCUUCUUAAGUCUUGCGAGUUUUCUUUUAUUAAAGGCUGAGGAGCCAUCUCUGGAAAAGAGAGUGUAAUCUUUUCAAAGUGUUUGCAUUUAAAGUGGUUGCCAGUCUUUUCCAGUUUUAUUCAGGAAAGUUAGCCAUUCAUCCUUUUAUUUCUUUGUCGUCACCGCACUUGUUUUUUUUUUACACCAACAUCUCUGCCAAAGCAGCAGUCCUGCCCAUCCAUGUUUGUUAAGCUUGAACACCCCACUUUGUAAAUUACUUUUAUUCUUCCUACAUCCUUACAAUAAAUGUUUUACUAGCUUUUAACCCUAAUGUUUAUUAAAAAUAGAAAUAAAACUCAGCGUUGCAUAGCUCUUUCCACAUGUUAGUGGAAACCUUUUGCUGGGCCUAAAACACCCACUUUCAUCUGCAACGCUCUUGACUUCUUGAACUGAUAAUUACCAUCAAUUCAGAGCAGAAAGGUCCUUCAUUACGAGCCGUGUGGAUGAGGUUGUGUUGCACAAAAACAGGUCUUUGGGAUUCAAAAAUGUUUUAGUUACCUGAUGCAGGAAGUGUGAGUUAAUGUUGACGAAGCAGGCAGUGUUUUGUGCUUUAACUCUUUAUUGAUUACUCCUGAUUCUAAUUUUAGUUAUCUGUGUGUCUCAGGUCUGUGUUGUCAUGUCUGGAAGCUCCACCCUUCUCAUAUGUGUCAUACCCCAGUUUAAAAAAAGCUUGCUGCUCCAGUAGCCUCACUUUCAGUCUCUCUGGGACACAUGGGGAAUAUAUAUGUACCUGCUGUAAUUAGCUGUAGCUAUUGUUCCAGCAUCGUCACUCCACUGAGACCUGCUCUACUUGGCAAGAAAACAAACAACACAGAUUAUUCUCCUCUGCUUAAUGCCGAUGUGUUUUUUUGCAGCCUAGUAUAAAGUUAGCGCUCACACAGACGUGGAUUUUCCUCACACGGGACAUGAAUGUUGAGAUUUAUGCUUGAAACAGGUGCUUAACUUUGCCCCUCCCUGAGAUUUACACCUCAACAUUUAUGCAGCUGUUGCUUUGCUUAACCCUCUUCCCUGUAUGAUGGAUAUUUUUACCCUCAGGAGACACUGAUUUCAUUCUUCUUAUAUAUAAUACAUGCUUCCUUUUUUAUUCACGUUCAUUCAAUCAGGCUAAUUAAGUUGAGCAGUCUCUAUUCUUAGUCUGCUCCUCUUGUCUGCACGCAUCAGAGGUGUUGGAUCGGUAUCAGAACCUCUACAUGCGGUCUCUUUGGUUUCUAUUCUUUCUCUUGUCAGAUAACAUCGAGCAAACAGACCUCGAAGGCUGGAAAAAGUUGUGGACCUUGAAGCUGAUUUGGUUCUUAUUGAAUGCAGGUCUUUUAUUGGUUCUGCUCCAGGGCCUGAUUGUUUGAGAUUGAUUCUUUCACUCGGCUUUUUUUACGUUCGCAUGAAGUAAAAUGCAUCUGCUGUUGAUGCUUUAAGCCUUAUGUAAAAAUGGGUAUCGAUCAAUCGUGAUAAAGCUUUAUCAGCUAUAAUUCAAAUGCUGGUAUCAAGAGGGAUUCAAGUACCUUUCCCCCUCUGUUUCUGAACACUGAGACAUGCAGCAUCGCGUCUUUCUCUCAGAGGAAAAUAACUCUGAUUCUACAUAAUCACAGACUUGUUCCCUCACAAAUACACAGCAGCACACUUGUACCUGAGUGUACAAAGAACAAAGCAAACAAAAACCCGACUCAACCCUGUUGAUGCUUUGCUGAUAUGAAGUUUUUACUGAUGAAGGGCCCUACUGUUGUCUUUGUUUGACUUGUAUUACAAUAUGAUACUGUAUCAAAGUAAAACCUAUGCAACAAAAAGGUGAGACUACAAAGUGCAGAAAUGAAAGACCAAAGCUGUGCAAAACCAUUAAUUCACGCCCCUCUGCAACAAAAAGUGUCUGGCAACAUGUGAGGGAAAAUUAAGUGGCGUAUUAGCUCGGUAUAUUGUGGCAAUCUGCUCUGACUCAGACCUGGAUAGGACGGGAGAGGGAUGCAAUUACUUGAGUGAGAGUGAAAAAUGAAGCCUCAUUAUUUCUGUGAUGUGAUUAUUGGGAGAAAGAUGCUGAUAGAAAGAGGUUUUGUUCGCCUUAAAAGACAGAUUCAUAAAGAAAAACAGCUUUGUAAAUGGUUUCUGGCCCUUUGCUUGUUGCAUAUUGAUUUAGUUUUUUUUUUUUCCCACAAGUGAAUUAUGUCUGUAGAGAUUUAUGCUUAGCUGAGCAUGUAUGAAAUACUUUACAUCCAGGAGAUGGUUAUAAAUCUUGAAUCGUGAUUUGUGCAUAUAUCUCCGCCUUUUAUUGCGCUUUUAAUUAAUUUCCCUCAAAACAUAUUGGUCUGGGACCCGCCUUUAUCAAUACUGCAUCAACUGACGAAGCCAAUGAUUUAACAAGGAUGUUUUUAUAAUCAAUGGGAAAUGUAUAAUUAGUUAUUAGUUAUAAACACUGUAGGAUGUGCUUCAUUUUAACUGUGCAUAUCCUUUAUCUGAAAGGCUUUUUUGUUUAUGUUCAAUCAAGGCUAAAGGUUAUAAAAUGUAAUUAAGAUUUAGCACAGCAUGACUAAUGUUCACUAUUAAGUAUCUGGUGAGAGUGAUGGUGUUUCUUUGUUAAUUAUUUUUUGCCUCAGAUACGGGGGAUGUAACAUCAUGCAUUCUUUGAUGGGCGCUCCUCCUCCUAAUCAGCAGCCUGAAACAGCCUGCUGAAAGACUGUAAGCUCAUCUUCUCCCCUGAUGGCAGGAAUAUAACGCAGGAUGGAAAACUCAGGGUCAGAGAGAUGCGAGGCUGUAAAAGUAAUAGAUGUUAAUUUACAGAAUUUUCACCCUCUGAUGAUUCUUUCAUGUGCAGAUCCUUCCUGUUUAACUUCAUGUUGAAAUCAGUGCACUUCCUGAAAAGCAGAAUGAGUGAUUCUUUGCUGAUAAAUUUGACAAAACCAAAUCAAAGAUACAUUCAGUCUUUUUAUAUUGAUGAGAUAACAAAAGGAGGGUAUAGGGAAGGGAAUAGUACAUGAUUGAACCUCCAGGGACAUGUUUAAUUUGACUGCAAACCCCAGUGUUUGAGCUCAUGAUACCAAUAAAGUUUUCAUCAGUGCAUCCUUUAGCACCAUGAAAAGUGCUCUGCAGACGGUAAAUUGUGUUUCUCACAAACAAUCAAACUUAAUUUCACCAGGAAACACAAAAAAUCAAAUGAAAUAAAACAUCUUUAUGUAUUUAUCACCAGACCUGAGUCCCAUUCUUUCUUACUUUUAAUUAUUUUUUAACAAAAAAGUGGUAGGCCUGGAAAUAUCAUACCACCAAUAUUAAAAUCAGAAACAUAAAACCACUAAAAGGUGUCUUCUCAGCUUUAAGGAAAUAAAUCAGGUCAUGAGAAUAAACAACAAAAAACUUUUAAAUUCUUUUUUUUUUUUCACUGGAUUUGGUCUCACUACAAAAUGUUGCUACUUCAGCGGGACAAUCAACACUACUGCUACUUCCAGCCUUGUUGUAUCGUGGCUUUUCCACCAUGGUCAGCUGAAAAUAGACACUUGCUGUGUGUGCAAAAUGCAGCUUUUUCGUUGCCUGGCACUUCUCGGUGGAAGCUGUAAUGUUCCCGGAGCUCUUAGAAAAAUGCUGACUGCUUUAUAUGCUUGACAGCUAGCCUACCUGAAUUUACGCUGCAGGUCCUGCCAGUGUGAUAAGCUGGGCUAGCAAAGCAACAGCUGCACACUAAGACCAACGCAUGUACAGAUAAUCAGUAUUGAACUUUGAGUCACAGUGAAUUGAGAUGAUUUUCCAUUGAUUAGAAGAGCGACAUUCUUGGCAAUGACAUUGCUGUAAGCAUGUGUAUUGUCAGUGUUGUAAGUACGGUGCUUUGUUUGUGUUUUGUUUCUUCAGCUAAUUAAACUCUGGACGUACAUAAUAGUGUUUUAAAGAUAGCUAUUGGAGCUCAGGACGCACAGCUGGAAAAUUAGACAGUCAAACCAGAGCGUAUGAUUACUGAAAACAUGAACAAACAAGUGACGUAAAAGACAAAGAUGAGAGGACUGAGAGCAACCCAUAGACUUGAAAAGAUUCAAGAGGAGUAAGAAGAAUUGAGUAAAAAACUGAAUGAAUAAAAUGUGAAAACCUGAUAGACUAAAUGGGUUUGUUUUCUGGAACUGUUGAUGUCUGUUUUGUGUUUUGUUAUCUGGGACAGUUUUGGGGUAGAGUUAAAAGAACAGCAGUGAAUUAGGAAUGGUUUGAUUUUGGUUUCUUGAAAUUCGAGCUGUGUCUGUGGAAAAAAAAAGGAGAAGUAGAAGACAUACUGUACUCGUUCCUAAAGGAAGUUUCAGUUUUUUUUUCCCUGUUCAUGCUUCAGACACAAAGGCUAGAAAAACACAUAUGCACAAACAGGAUAUGAGCAUGCAAUAACAGAGAGAUGUCAGUGAAGAGGCUGCAAGAGGAUAAAUGAACAAGAUCUUAUAUUCACCCCCCACUGGAACGUUUCAGUGACUUUAUGAGUGGGUUUGGGCCAUGUUUAGAGUUUCUGUGAAUUCCCUGAUCUUUGGAGCUGCAGCCAGUCUUGGCAUGGGUCUGUCUCGACUGCCUCUGAACUCUUGCUCUGUGGCACUGCUGUCAAGGAAACAAGUGGAGGUCUCAGACUCACAGACGCCAUGUGACAACCUCUUGGAAGACAAGAAUAGACGCUGAAGGAGUUGGACUGGGUUAAUUUCAGUGAGCCUGAAUAGCUAUUGUCACACCAGGCUGUUGAUGACGCUCUUUAUUUGGGCCUUCAGCAAUGAAUCUGUGCUGAUGCGUGCUUCAGAGGAAAUCAUCUAUUUUAUAUCUGUACUUUGGAUAUUAGACUCAUUUCCUUUAGGAGACAUAAUACAGUUUUUCAGAUGAGCAGUCGAAAUAGUCCGUUUGAAUACAGACGGGGCAUAAUGUUGGCUCUUCAAGACCCUUUCUGUGAUCUAAUGUAUAACCGCACCAUUACUAAUGCAUCGUGAGGUGGUCAUCACCAUGCACAGUUUACUCACUCAAUGGGGAACCUGAUGCAUUCGUGCCUCCGCUCUUGGAGCAUUAAUACAUUGUGUUUGCUCCUCUCCCUGAGCUUGAACCUUUGAGUACUCACCUGUAUUUAAUAGCAGCAGCCAUUCUGAGGUAAUCAAAUAGAUUGAGUUUGAGAGUUGUCUGAGUUUGGGAGUUGGUGUUGGGUGAAAAUGAUUUUGAAGAGAAUUUAGAUUUUAGGAGUAAUUUUUUUCUGUUUUUUCUGUCCUCAGGUUGCCCUUCAUGCGUGUGGUGUGGCAACAGAUAUGGUGACAGAGCACUGUAUCCAGGCAGGAGCGGCCUUUGUCAUCAGUCCUUGUUGCUACGGCUUCAUCCAGAACGCAAUCAAGUUCACCUUCCCCAAGAGGUUUGUACCUGCUCAGCUCAGUCCAAUGUCACUGCUCAGGGUUUUUCUUUUCUUCCAAAUGUUGUUUCUGACCUUGUUGUUUUCUUGGUAGACCUCUGCUCGUUUUAGAGUUCCUCUCUCCACAAAUUCGCUCCUCAGUUCAGUUUCUUCAGUUUCACAGUUGUUCACACUCUCUUCCCACAUACACACAAUCUGUAAGUGUUGCUGCUUUUUUUUAUACACCUCUUUACCUCUACAGUCUUAUCCCAGCUCUAUCAGUGACAGAGAGAGGAGCUCUUUAUGUUGAGGCUAUCUGGGGAAUUAGUGAUAUCUGAAUCUCCAAAAUCCUGUUGGGGUACCGAAAAAAGAUGCACUGCUCUUGGCGGGAUUAUAAUGAAGCCUUUUGUUACAAAACACAAGGAAGUAUAUGAAAGAAACACACAAAGGGGGGAUAAUAGGCAACACUUAAAGGGUUUAGAUCCUGUUCUCAAAUACGACAGCUGAAGAGGCAGGAUGUUGCUCAAACUGCUUUGGGAUUGCAAUUGAGAAAUUGUCAUCUGACUUGAGUUUCAGUCGAGUUUCCAAUUGUAUUUGUUAAGAGAAAUUUGGGAAUGAUUUAUUGUUAAACGUAGACUGUACAUGGAAUGGACCUCGUCUGCCUCCUCGCUCGGUGAAGCCUCCAUGAGAACUGCACCCCCUGGUGACUGGUUGCAGUAUAGGUCAUAAUGAAAAGAGCUGUGGACAAACUCUAGAAAUUAACUACACAGAGUAUAAAUUUGAUUUAAUGCUGACAUGUAGUUACAUUAAGACUGGUUUGUGCUCAAGACCUCAUUUUUCUGUGCAUCUCCAUUUUUUAAAGCUAUUAGGGGGUUAAUUUUCUCUGUGAUUGACACUCGAUACAGCCUAUGGGCGAAAAAAGAUUGCGUUGAACAUCCGGGGGAAAAGCUGUUUGAGCCGAGCGUCAUCACAACGACUCUCCUGCCAAACGCUACUGCGCAAAUGCUGGUCUCAAGAAAUGGAGAAAAGCCCAGAAAUACAGAGAGAAAUUUGGCUUCAAAUUAGCAUGAUGACGGGAGGCGGAGCCAUGUUGUCCAUAGUGUAUACAGUCUAUGUUGUUGACACUAGCUGUUGAUAAAAUCAUGCAGAAUAUCAUUUAUGCAAACUUCAACCCUCAGUUUACCAUGUGUCUCUUUACAAAAAGGUCUGGGAGACUUUGCAUCACCACCUACUCACUGUGUGCUAUCCUGUUUGACACCCAGCUACCAAUGAAACAUGUAAACAAGUUCACUUGAUUGUCUGAUUUUAAUCAAGAUCUUGCUCUACUCUGGCUGUUCUUAUCUCUGUACUUAAUGGUAAUUGUUAUUAUGUCUGGACUAGGGCUGGGCGAUAUGGCCUCGAAUCAAUAUCACAAUAUAUUGAGCAGAUCACCUCGAUAAUGGACGAUAACUAUUCCACAAGCUGCUCACCCCCUCCCACAUUAACUUCAUUUACUUCAGCCGCCACUCCAGUCGCUACAACUUUUGAACCAUCCUCCAUCUCCUCACCUGUCUUUGUCUCUUUGUUACGGACUGGGUGGGGUGGAGUCACGUCUCUGAUGUAGGACAUUAAAGGGACUUGAGACCAUAGCCUACCUACACACAUCCAAAACAAACUUUUAUUUAUUUACAUGGGCAAAAUGACGCUGGUUAUUGUCAUAAAUGUCAGUAUCGGUAAAUUUUCAGUUUAUCUUCCGGCCCUAGUCUGGACUCUCAAGACCAGCCUGAGACAAAAACUAACUACAGUGUAGUUAGGUAGAGGUGAAACAUGUGUCUGGGCACUAGUGUGGUUUCUGCUAAUAAUUUGAUAAGUGUGAAAGUAUACCAGUGUUGUCAAGUUAUACCAGUGUCAUUUGUAUUGUCAAGAAUUAAUCAUAGCAGUCAUGGGGUAAUAAGGUAUUAAGAGGAUUUUAAUGAUGCCUCGGGAUGUGACUUUAUUGGAGACUUCUUUUUCUGUUCCAAAAAAUAUUUGGAAAAUGUCAAGCAAAUAGUAAAAAGGUGCAACGUGCCAUGAGUGUCAAUUCUUAUACAAUCCAGUUAUCAGGUUUCAGAGCACACCUUUCACUCACAGCUCACCCCAAGUUAAUCCACCUCCAGCUCGUUCUUUAUGUUCUGUUUCCCUCAUCCUUCUUUCUCCCUUUUUUGUCCAAAAUUUGCAUUUUUCUUUGGCAGCAUAAAUUUAUGUUGUGGAGCAGAAACAUUUCUCACAGACUCCCUCCAAUCAGGUGUCACUGAGCAUUUGAGAAAGGGCUGAAAUAAUGCCUCUUUGUUCCAUUAUUACAAUCUGUGGUGGAAAAGAUAAAGUUUUCUUUUAGUUUAAAAACUUCACCGCCCUUUUAUGGUUUUCCUCAUUCAUCAAGAAGCAACAGCGGCCUCUGCUUUCACUACAACAACCAGCUGCAUGCCUCCAAAGAACUGUUGGACUGCGGAAACAUGCCUGUAGUUAAGUAGGGUUAACGUAUAAAGUCAACAUGUGACAGUAAAACAAGUGUUGCAUUCCUUGAGUGUAAAAGUUGUACUCUCUCACACCUGGAUCAGGGUGCACUGACCCAGUUAAAGGUCAAAGUGCUUUCUCAUUCCACAAUUGUCAACACUGAACAAACACGGCAGCCAGACAAGACGCAUUCAGCUGCUCUGACAAGAGAGGACACUACCUGUGGUGCAGAGAAGUAUCUGCAGCAGAAACAGCCUAUAGAGAAGUUGCCCACAGAAUAGGAAUAUUGUGAUUAGCAGAGCAGUAUGACAUGCACGAUUUGAUCUGCACCCAAAGUAAGUGUGAAGUCAAGAUUCAUCCUAAAAUGAGUUAACUCAGCUGCCACAUUAACCUAAAAAUCCCUCUGAUGAUGAUGUACAGCAAAGAAAUAAGGUCUGAGUGAAUUAGCAGUACCUGACUGAAUUUCUCUGCUCCAUCACUAUCAGUCAGUUGACAGUUUCUUUCCAUGUAUCAGCUCUUACUGUAUCUCACACCACGGUCUGUUUGGUAUUUACUGGAGUGUGCCCUCUCCACUUUGGUUCAUUUCUGUGUUGCUUCUGUGACUUCACCCUCUCUUGUCUUUCCUCCACUGUAUUUGCUGUAUUUGCGUCUUUUCUUGAUUUUCCCUUCGUAAAUAAAUGAUCACUUAAUUUUCUGGCUAAUUAAAAUGAUUUGAGAAUAUGAUAACAAUAAUGAUAAUAUUGUAAGUCCCACAGAGUCUGGUCGGUGCAGCAUCUCCAGCAACAGUGCAGCACUACAUAGCAGCAGCCUGCCAAUAAGAGAUAACGGAGUGUUGCACCGAGAUGUUGUUUAACAAUCAUAAAUAUUGUUGCUAUGGCUACGGGGGCAUAAGUGUGAUUGCAGAGUGUAAUUGUUGUAAAGCGGGGGUUAAAAUGCAGCUCUGCGUUGAAGUGUUCUUUUGUGUGAUUCAAAGGGACCACCGCUAACAAAUUAGGUAAGAGGGCCGACAAAUGAAGCGAAAAUUGGACCUUUGGGACUCUCAGUGUACAAAAUGAAAUAUUUAUGUCUGCUUUUCCUCUCCUCACUUUUGCUAACUUGACACUUCCCCCCCCCUCCUGACUCCUGAUGAAAUAUUAAAGGAUAACAUAAAAAUAACACUGCAGUUGUAAUGGACAGAGGGAGGCAAUGUUUCUGGGAGGCAGUGGAGCAGAGUGUGUGAGGGGCCUUCACACCUGACUGUGUCAAUCUCAGUCCUGCUACUUUUAGUGUUUUCCCCCUCAGGUCAUGUUCCAGGUACUCAUGUGAAUAUUCUGCAGGUGCAGACAUUCCAGGCAGUUCACACCUUUUUAUGAGCUGUGAAACCCAACUGUCCAUUUCAUUAGGGUCCCAACAGUUAGUGUUAAACUUCAGACUUCACUCCACGUGACCCGCCUGGCCCCCAGUCCCUUGUCCCUCUCCAUGUUGAUUUUUAAUUAGACUCUGGGAUGUUCUGCUGAUGUUUAACCACAACAAACACGCUUCUUUCCCACAGACAAAGUUUGUCUUGUUUUUGCUGAGCCAUAGAUUAAUCUUUAUGUUCUGAGUUUGUUUUUUUAUUGAGUGACUUUCUUAAAGACAACAUAAUCUGAGCAAAGGAACAAACACAUGAAAGUGUGGUUCGUAAAAGCGUAAAAUCACUGUGUCUAACAUAUAAAUAUCCUUUUUUCCCCCCUUUUUUCACAGCAAAAGGUUUCAAGAGACCCUAUCCUAUAAGGUAUGAUUUUAAAAGUGGUUGAUUAUGUCCAUGUCUGUUGAUUCUGCAUGUAUUAUUUAUCUGUUCUCAGGCAAAUCAAUCAAUCAAAUUUAAUAUGUAUUGUACCAUUUCACAACAGUCGUCAUUCCGAGAUGCUGUUCAAAGAAAAAGAGCAGGUCUAGUCCGCGCUCAUUGUAUAUUUAAGACUCAACUGUAAAAUGGGACCGAUUAGACCCAUCUCAUCUAACAUGAGGAACAGAGGCAAAGAAAAACUUCCUCUUAACAGGCAGAAACCUUGGGAAGGACCAAGGUCAGCUGCUGGGUUGGGGAGAAAUACAGAGGGAUAGGGAGAGAGGAGUAGGAGAGAGGGCAGGGGGAGAGAAAGAGACAGGGGAAAACAGCAGCAACAACAACAACAGCUCAUGCAGAGUUGUGGUUGCAAAUAGGAAGGACUUGAUGCAAAAAUACAACAGAAAUUAAGCUUCAACUUAAGUUCACUUCUUUAAAUGCCCAUACAAAGAUGUCUUUAGUAGCAUGUUCAUUUAAAGCUCAUGCAACCCAUUCAGACAUGUUGCCUUUUUUGUCUUAUGAAAUUUGCAUCAAGAAGAAUAUUAUAAUAUUAAGUCAGUGUAGCGGUUAUUCACAAAUCCCAAACAGUGCAUUGACCCAGAGACUUUUCACCCUUUCAGCUGAUCAAAUCACACUUUCAACUUAAUGAAAAACAUUGAAUACUCCGCAGGUUGGCACAGUCCAUAGCAGAGCAGACUUUUGUGUAAGUUUGCAGCAGAAAUACAAGGCUAUAGAGAGUUUAAGACUUUUGCGUUAAAUGUUUGUGAAGUUUUCCAUUUUCUCCCCUGCUGAGAUUAGCUGUAUGAACCCACAGUUGUCAACAGAGCUGUAAAUUAAUCAUAUAUUUGAUAUUGAAUAACUUGUGAAAACAGGAAUUUUGGGGGAAUUUCUUACUUGAACAUUAUUAUGACAAGAACAAACUACAAUGUUUGAAAAUAAAUGUGUGUAAGAUGUAUUUUAGCUUCAUAAUCAUCCACUCAGUUGCUUUAUAAAUCAGCUAGAAAACUGAGUAUGAAUAUGAGUAAAAGAAAUGAAUAGUAAUUAAGUAGAAACUGCAGAUUUUUAGGUAUUUAUUUUUUAAAUUUAGUGAUGUGUAAAUUCACUCUUAGAUAAUCCAAGCCUUCUACAACAGGGCCAAGUUUGCACAUGCUUUACAUUGACUAGCAUGGGUACUUUUUAUGGUAUGAUGCUGUCUUGUUUUUUGUUUUUGUUUUUUUUCAUUUAUCUGAUAGCACAGAGAAAUAGAACUAAUGAGAUCUCUUGGCUCUCAUCACUCCCAUGAUUCCCCAGGCAGUUAGGAGAGGGAGGCUCAACCCCCUCCCAGUCUCUCACUUCCUUAUCGCUCAGCACAGACACAGCACUGUACUCUGGGAGGGCCCUUCCCAUGAUGAUGUAUAGAGCCUGUCAGAGCCCCUCGGGAGAAUUUGUGCAAAAGUUGCAGCAGGUCUUAGCCAUGGCAACCUCAAGAGUUGACAUGUCACAACAUCGGACCACCUCUAAAAUUUGUUCUUUUGUGCACUAGCAGAAACAGACUUUUACUGUCCUGGCUCAAGAACACAGAAGAUGAUAUAUUGUUUACGAGACAGUGGGCAAUUUUACUGUUCUGUGGUGGUGAGUUGUGUUUUUCUACCGUCUAAAAGCCCAGAGAUGGGAAAAGAAAGUCAAAAUUGCCACGUUUUCUCUAAAAGAAUUUAAACACUUAGCCAUACAUCACGACAUGUCUAUAUAUGAUUUAAACUAGCAGCUAAAUAACCUGCAUCUUCAUACUUGAGCUUUAAAUCUCUCCCCAUCCUCUCCUAUGAUUUCCCUUUAGCCAGUCUUCAUAUUAGAGAAACAUUUGGGCUAAUUCUGCAGAGCCCCUCCUCUUCUGUGUCUCUACACCGUAACUAUCAGCUGACACUCACAAAAAUAGAAGCAGCAUUGCAAUGUUUUGUUGCAGUUUCAUAGUUUCCCUUCCCGAGUUACAGUAGUUAAACUGAAUGACAGCCCAUUGACAAAUGGUGUAUUGCUGGAAUAAAGGUCUAAUGGUGUGAGAUGUCGGUGCUCAGUGCUAACUUUAAGCACCUGCUCUGUGGCCUUGUUCUCGGUACAGUGAGGAAUGGAAUCAAUUAAAGUGGAAGCAGGUAAAAGAUUACAAACUGCUGACCUGAUUCAUUUGUUCACUGAACCCGAGCAAGGAAAAACAGGACUGCAAAACUUCCCAUGCCCCUCACUGAAAAAUGUGUAACCAAGGCAAAACUAGAUUUUUUUUUUCUUUUUAAUUCACAGGAACGGUUUAAUAAAAGGAACCCUAAGAUGAAGUGGAGAGAAGCUUUUAGUGCAGAUAGUGGUCUUACAUGUUAUUUUUUAACAAUCUUUUAAAAGUUUAAAAAAAAAAAAUGUUUGAUCAAAUAGUCUGACAUACUAUGAACAGGUCUGUGUAUGAAAAACUGUGCACAAAGAAAUCAAUUAGGCCAGAGUCAAAGCUGAAGUUAAACCACAUGCCAGGUAGAGAUAUUAUUAUUUUUUGGGUCAACCUUAAACAUAUCUAGGAUAUUUUUUUUCUGACACUUUGAUACAACUCCACUGCCUCUUUUUUUCCAAAGGUUUUCUUCACCUUUGAGAAAAAUAUGAAUGCAGGGAUUUCUUUAGGGUAGCUGUAAGCUGAUUUUAGCGUGCUAUCUUGCUGCAGAAUUGGUUGCAUGCUCCUGUUAUAGACAACAAUAUACAGCAGGUUCACCACCUUGGUAAGAAAGUUUGCUUGCUAGCUUGUUGGGCUUUAUAUUUAGACUUUUAAGGUCCCCUAUUAUGAAAAAUCCACUUUUGGGUGGUUUUCUAUCAAUAAUAUGCAUCCCCUCGAAGCCGACUAAACUGGUGUUUCAGACAAGAAACUUCAAAUUUAUUAUUGUGGGACCUCUGGGACAGAUUCAAACUCGAUGAAAAAUGCCAUAAUAGGGGACCUUUAAUACAGUAGACCUGGGUCCAUAGGGAGGAUAUUAGCUGAAAAACCCCCAAAGUCUGAUGAAUUUUUCCUCCUGAAAUCAUCAACAGAUUAUACAAAUGUGUCUCUUUAGCCGCUGAGAUGUUUCAUACUGAAGAUGACUUACUGACACAGUCUCUCAGAAGCCAUGCAGCCAAAGUACCUCAAAAAAGCAGCAUCAGACACUGUUUGGUUCAAGUUCCCACAUACAGUGUAGAGGUGUUAGCCAUAAGAUAGAUUAGUGACAGCCUCCUACUCCAUGGCUGUCAGCAUGAUCAGACAAUGUACAAAAAAGAGGGAGUCAUUUUUUUGUAUUUUGGAUCAAGUAAAUUCCAACAUGGCUGUGCAUUUACAUUUUUGCAUGAAAAAUAGUUUUAGAUUCACUGGUUGGAUUUUGUGAAUUUCUGCCAAAGUGAUAUCUAGCUGAUUGGAAAGUGAUAUCUGGCAGGACCAAAACAUGUUUUUCCAGACUUGACUUCUUUAAUCAAGAACAUUUUUAUAAUAAACAGUUAAACCUGAGGAUUUCCUGUGUUUAUACCCUGUCUUUCUUUUAGGAGCACAUGAUCCUCUGUCGUUUUGCAGACCAGACUGCCGUCCAGCUCCCCCCUGACAGAAGACUCAUAGGUAUGACUCACUAUUUUCCUCUUUCACCUCAAGCAUCACCCUUGUUAUACAAGAUAGUCACAUUUAAUGCAAAUUCUAAUUUCCAUAUAUUUUCAAGAAGGACUCCAAGCAUUGCCGUCUCUGAGUCAAAGCUGUAGUUUGACUGUAGCUCAGGUGAAGGUCAUCAUUUCUUUUUUUUAAACAUGUCUCAGAGGUUUAUCCCGCAGUUUUGGACACGGUGACACGCCUUUACUGCUGUAUUUUGUUUUUUCAAAAGGUCUACACCUUUAAGAGCUGUGAAAAAUGUUAAUGCGGGGAUUUCUUCAGAGUGACAAACAGCUGCAGUGAACAGCUGCCAGCUUGCAGUUGUCAGAUUCUGAGGAAGUGUUUUGUCAGGCUGUUACCUCCAGGCCUGCACCAAAGCUUCACUUUACUCUGUUUCAUUAUGGUGAGGACUCUCUUCACCCUGAUAGCUCUUCAGCUUAUCAAAGCUUCCCUCCGAGUCUGAGCAGCUCCCCAAUGCCUCGUCAGUCUGAAGCCCUUUCAUAUGUACCUGACAACAGCUGUCACGCAGUUUUCUGCUCUAUAUCAGUUAACAGGGCUCAACCUCUCCUACUAACAUUUUCUAACCAUGUUGGAUCUCAUCUCUCAGGAGUCUGGAAGUGUCACUGUGACUGAGCAGGCAGUAUAGCAGGGCAGAGAUCCCUAUCUCGGUAUCUUCCACCUGCUACCUCACUGACAAACUGAAUGCUACAUUUGAAUUUGUCUUUUGAAAGAAAAAAAAAGUACUCAAUCAUAGAUGAAUGAGCUACUUUUGUAAGUUAAUUAAAUGCAAAUGUCAGGGACAGGUGCUGUAUAUAAAUAAAUGAUAGCCUAGCGGGUCAUUGAUUUGUUCAUAUUCGAGUAGACUUGACAGAAUCAGCAACUUUUUGUUACUCCCGUCAUCUUUUGCAUGAGCAGCUUCCUCACUUAAAGGGAUAUUCCGGUAUUAAACUAAUUUAGGGUCAAACACACCAUAACACCGAGUUAGACACACCGUAACACUGAGUUAGACACCCCCUCGAGAGAUGAAUGUUGCCGACUGCUUGCUUUACUAGUUAUUCCAACUUUAUUAACAUCCACACAAUAGCAAUACGCAGCGGUCUAAGGAGCCAUAAACAAACCUCAACUAAAACGCCACUCUAUAGCCACAAAUAAUGCUCAGAACAGCACCUAACUUCAUCAACAGUACAUAUAGGGUCCCAGUCAUAGCACUAGCCACCAAACAUCUUUUUAGCUUUGCCUGAUUUCUUUAGCAAAGAGACUAAACACAAAUCACCCACUCUCUUCCAGCAGCUGCUUGUUUGUAGUGAGACCUCGGGCCAGUCCAUUACAGACCGCUGCGGGGUAACGCAGCUCAAGGAAGAACAUUUAUGAUCAUUACUUUAUCAUUUCCUUGAAGUAAUAAUCACCAUAUUAAUCAUUUUGUACUGCAGACGCGGUAGUUCUUCUGCCUUAGCGUCUCAGUCUGAUUGCAUUUCCAUGAAGAAAUGAAAAUAUGACAGUUCAGUUUGAAUAAGUUGUUGCAUUUCCCUUUUUUCCUGCUCAGCCUAAAGAUCCAGGCCAUGUCAAACUGAACAGAGCGGAUCAACCUGGAAAGGAAGUCAGACAUGAGGAUGGCACAGUCCAUCUGCUCAACUUCAAAAUAAAACACCAUGUACUAACUCCCACCUAUAUCACAGAUCAUACUCAUAACUGAAGAUCAGUAAUAUAUUGUGAAGACCUGCAAAUCAGCCACAAGUCUUUAACUUAAGCCUCCAUGUGAGAAUACUGAUCAACACCACCAAUGUACUUUGAAGUGUAAACAAAGCAUUCUCAGGGUAGGACCACCACCUUUUACGGUAAUGAAGAGUGAUAUUACCAGGUUCAGUGGGACUGAACCGGACUGAUCCUGCAUCAGAAGUAUUGCAUCAAAAAACAAAAUUGUAAUUUUAGAUACUCUCCCGAGCAGCUGCGUCCCUCAGCAGAGGUUGAACAAGUCUGUGACACUGAGGACCUCUGUCUGGCCCGUUAGCUCAGGAUCUCUCUUGUGUGUAUCUCUGCGUGAAUAUGUGGACACUGCAAAGGUCGUAUCACAAGACUCACAUCAUUGUAAUUCCGCUCACUGACCCCUUGCGCCCUUUGAAGGGGAAUAUUUUCAUCCUCCGAGACAAAAACGAUGAUGAAAACGUCCCCACAAUAGAAAAUUGAUCCUGUAUCAAAGUCACCAGAGCCUGUUCUGAAGUUGGACUGAGCCACAGCAUGUUACUGCAGCUGUUAUUAUGAAGUCCAUUCGGCGAGCAGCAUGUACGAGCAAAACACUCUCCACUCAGUCAUUGUUGUUUUAGUUCCAUUUUGAAGUGUCCAGCAGUGCUUUUGUGUAAUUUGAGUGAUUUCGUGUUUUUCUGAUGAAUAAUUCUGUUAAAUUAUUGAUUACUGCUCUCUACCUGUAUUUCACCAAGACCCUGAUUAGAAUUAUAUGAGCUGAACAUCUUUCUAUGUACUGUGUACUUAAAAAGGUUAAGUAGGAAUACACGGUACAUUUAUAUAUAUAUUUGUUGUAUGUUAGUUUCUCUGCUAUAACAAAUCUGUAUUUUGUUAUCUUAAAAAACAACAGUUUUACAGCCAUAGUUGUAACUUACAUUAGUCAUGAAGCUUCAGUUGUUAUAUUAUAAUCCUUCAUAAAGCCUGAGGAUUCUGUCAUUUUGGAUAUUUAAGCAAAAAAUAAAAACAGUUUUGAGUCCAAACCGAAAAAUUUUACAAACAUCAAGUUAACAGAAGUACAGAAGUUUAAUUCUGUUUCAAUCCAAUCAGGUAAACAGUGUAUGGGCCUGGUUGACUUGGACCGCUCGUGGGCAGCAGAGACUCAUGGGUACUCAGUGCAGGUGAUGACCAUGGAACCUGAGAGCUGUUCACCCAAGAACAACAUGCUGGUGGGGAAGCCGCCGCAGAGGAGUGGACUGAACGUGGAUGCUGGCCAGCUGGAAACAGCGGUGCAUAAUUAG